UUACGUACACCCUACACUUGUUUCAUACUUCUGGUGAUGCUGAGUGCUGAGGUCUAAUAAUACUCCCUGUUUUCCUAGCGUUAAUCAUAAUUCAGGGCAGCCACCCCCAUCAGCUUGAUUACAAAGCAUGGUACUUGGCCUGUUUGUAAUACUCUUUCUUAACUAAAUUUGUCAUAACAGCGGGGCAUCAAUAUGAUUAACUCACCCAUCUCACAGCUGGACAUGCCCGAAUAGCCUGAUAUUCAAGUUUAUUUUAAUUUUAAAAAUUGUGCACGUUAUUCAAUAUGCCAUGUAAUAUAUAUUAUUGAAGGGUUGUUUACAGCUUUGGUGGCGUAGCAAACCUUAUGCACAAAAAAAUAAAGAAUUUUAAAAAAUAAAAAUCUUGUCAUUAUGUCCCAAUGCUACUAUUAAACCAGGGGGACAAAUUGGGAUGAAGGUGAUUAAAACUGUGGCACAAAAAAUAAGGUCUGUGUUAGCAAUAUAAGGCUUCCACACAGACUGAGCUUUCAAGUCAGCAAAAUAAAUAUUCCCAUGCAAGUCUUGUGAGAAAUGAGACUUGCCUGUCAGAGUGCUCUGGAUUUCUUAUAAUCCAGAUGGGUUUGGCCCCAUUCAGUACGGGGCCAUUUGGGCUCUAGUGAAUAACCCUAUUAAUGAUAGGCUGACUUGGCCUUAAUAUAGUACAUAUCCAUUAUAUGCUAUCCAGCAUUCCUAGUUUAAAACUCACAAACCAAAAACAAGAGGAAUGCUGUUGCUGAUGUAUCAGAAUUCAAUAUUUGUAAUUGCAUUUGAAAAAAUGAGUUUCAUUUCUUUUUAUUGAGGUUAGUUUGUUAUUGCUGGUCUGUAAAUUUGUUUAAUACAGAGGUUAAGACACAAAAGGAGAUUAGAUAUGAAAUUAGGAGAAAGUUCAAGCUUGUAUGUUGUGCUUAUGGCUUUUUUCCACUCUUCAUCUCUAGGAAAGACAAUUGGUUGGAAAGGUUAUUCCACAGCUGCCAGCGAUUAGACAAACCCGAUGUAUCACCCAUUCCACGCAAUCUAUUGAAGACCGAUGCUGUGCUGUGGCAAUGGGCAGUGUGGGAGGCAGCUCAGUUUACAGUUCUCUCAAAGCUGCGAACACCACUGGGAAGGGCACAAGAUACGUUCCAAACUAUUGAAGGUAUUACGGCUGCAUAAGAAAUAGCAAAACAAAUAUACAUGUGCGUAUGUUCCGUGCUGCCUAAGUCAUGUUUGUCAGAGUGCAAUCAAAUCCCGGCACAAAAGUGCAAAUAUUUCUGGACAUACAGUCACUACCACCAUGACUGCAUAUAAACCCAGAAGUGGUCGUGGUGGUUGCAGUAACCCUUUAAGGUCAGACAUAUUACCUGUCUGACUGAUAAUUGUAGCUGCAUGUAAUCAAGAGUUGUUGUGAAUUCACGUAUCCUGACAUCAACAAUGCUCUCUGGAUUGGUUUCAGCUGUUAACAUUGUUUAUUUUCUUAAUAGAUAAGUGGCAUGUCUGAAGGUAACAAAUAUAACUGACCCUGCGUUGUGUUGUUUAAUUGCAGCCAAACAUCCCUAGAGCAUUUGAUAAUUUCUUGUUUGGAAUAAUGUAAAUCUUUCUUCUAAAGGUAUUAUCCGAAGCCUGGCAGCUCAUACUCUGAACCCAGAUCAAGACGUUGCUCAGUGGACCACUGCAGACAAUGACGAGGGACAUGGUAACAACCAGUUGAGGCUGGUCCUCCUCCUUCAGUAUUUGGAGAACUUGGACAAGCUGAUGUACAAUGCUUAUGAAGGAUGUGCCAAUGCAUUGACUUCGCCUCCAAAGGUUGGUCCUCUAUGACAAAUGCUUGAUUUCACCUAGUUCCUGCAUUCCUGCCCAUUUUCAUGGGUCUGGAACCAAAUGAGUUGCUUGCAAAAGAGGAAACCAGGAUACCCUUCCACAACAUAUUAUGUAUUUUAUUUUUUUGUUAGUGUAAGUUGGGUUUAUUCUUUUAAUGAUUUGCCAGAGAAAUGUAGAAACUCGGACAGGGAUGCCCUUAAUGAAGCCUCAGGGUUGCUGCAGGUGAUAUGUAUCCUGUCUAAGGAAGAGUUAUCUGCUUUCAAGCAGUGGCCAAUAUGUAGUAGGUUUUAUUCAGACUUGUGAAAUGGUCAUGGUUUGAGGACCCUGUUUAUGCAACACUGCACAUACAGAGACUAAACUAAAUGUCUUAGUGUCUCCCCCCGGCCCACACCCAGGGGCCCUUAAUGACAAUGCGGGGUGGACCUAUUGUCCUCCCCCAGGUCCCCACCCAUGAGCAACGGGUGUCUGCCCUAAGAGAAAACAGGUGAGGUAGACCUAUUGUCCCCUGACCCCCACCCAUGAGCAGCAGGUGGGGGCCCUACAUGAAAAUAAGGGGGGGGGGACCUAUUGUUCUCCCUCCGCUGGACCCCAACCAUGAGCGGUGGGUGGGGGCUCUAAAUGUAAAAAAAAAAAAAAAAACCUAAGUCACCGUAAAUAAAAAUAAAUACCGUUUGAAGUCUUUUUUUCUAAAAUCAUUUUUUCAGCCCCCAAAAAGGCCAAAUUAAAAACCAAAAAAGCACGUAGAAUUUAUAAAAUAAAGACCAAGCGCAAAAAAAAAUGUGAAAAAAUAAAUCCUGACACAAAAAAAAAAAUUCACCCAGCGAGGGCACCGCACAGGGUAGGGAAAGGCUUGUAAAGCCUUCCCACGUCCUACCAUUUGACUCAGGGCUCUGGUUGGUUUAUGUCAAUUUUGGCACCUGCCCAAUAGCAACCUAAUUUUUCUGACGAUCUGGACCGCGGAAGUCUUUCUACGUGGAGGCUGAAAGAUUGCUCAUUAAUCAAGGAUUCUCUUCAAGAAUCACAAUCUUGAAAAGUAGAAGACUUGUGAUUUCUGCAAUAUUAUGGCAAAGCAUAAAGGAAAUGCUUUCUUGUUGAGUUUUCUGGGUAAGCAUUUUUAGUGUAGUAUUGCUUGAAUUAACCAGGUGCUUUAAAAUUGCAAAUAACAGCCCGAGUGGUCAUUUGUGGACAUAAAAUGUAUUUUUAGAGCAGGCAGUAUUUUUUCCAGGAUUCAUUAACUGGGUAAUGCAAGCUUUUAACCUCUUAAGGACACAUGACAUGUGUAACAUGUCAUGAUUCCCUUUUAUUCCAGAAGUUUGGUCCUUAAGGGGUUAAUGAAACUCCUUUUUUGAGCCCACCUUGUCUUUUACUUUACUUUCUGACACUGACGAUCACGACUCUUAUCGUGGUAACUGCAGCCAGACACCUCGGAGAAUUCAGAGCUAUAUCAUUCAUUUGUGAUUUUCACCCGGGGAAUUCGAUUUCUUUCAGACUGUGCUCCAAAGGAUUUUAGCAUCCUUCAUAGAUCACGAGCGAAUACAUUGCAAAUUCCUCUGCCCUUGAUCAAUAAUGAAGUUAAACAGUGCAUCAAUGUCCCGUCCCCUCUUUCAAAUAAUUUUUCUGUUUGUAAUAUGAUUUAGUCUCUUCUCUGUUCACUAUAGUAUGACAGCUUGGGAAAAUGCUGAGGUAUAUAUAGCUGUUUCAUCUCUGAUUUCCAGAGAGGAGGAACUCUUAUAGUGUGCAGCCUUAGUAUGUUUACAUAGAUUAGUAACUUAUAGUGAGUAAAAUUCAGUGUUCAUUAGCUACUAGAAUACCAACCACAUAACCAUUUUUCUUUUGCUCAUUUUAUCUUCAGUAGAAACUAUUCUAUUGUCACAUCAGUUAUUGAAAACAUCUUAAUUAAUAUAAUGUAAUAUCUGUCACAGGUCAUCAGAACUUUCUUCUACACUAACCGUCAAACAUGCCAGGACUGGCUCACACGAAUACGAAUUGCUAUCAUGCGGGUGGGAUUGCUGGCUGGUCAGCCCGCUGUAACUGUCAGACAUGGGUUUGAUUUACUCGCAGAAAUGAAGAGCAACAGCGUGCAUCAGGUAACGUGUCCUUUUAUUCCCUGUAGAUUACAUUCUCCUAAAAAAAAUAAAAUUUUUAAAAAAUUGUCAAAUGUUGCAAUGAAUUGUUUUUUGUUUUUCCUGCAAUUGUAUUUCUAGAUUUUUACAUCUACUUUGUGAACAUGAAAUACAAACAUGCAGGCAGAUAAGUUUUAAAACCCUUUAUGUCCAUUAAGUCUUUCAUUUCGUAUAACUUUCAUUUUCAUACUUUGGUUAACAUCUGCACCAGAGGGCACAAAUAUGUGCCUAGUUAUUGCCCUGUACUCCUGAGCACAUCUCUUAAAUUCUGUUGCAACUAGCUUAUCAUGGAAAUGAGUAGGCUGCAAAGUAAAGCUGUUUUGUCCUUGCUAACAUACAUAAAAUGUCUAUUACACGACUCCACACACCCUCCUCCAUGAUCUUUGCGUGGUGAGAACAGUUGCUGAAUACAGUGUGUCUUACUCAUUAUUAUGCUUAAUGAGAAGUAGUUUAAGCUAAAUGAACAAGUUAAAGUUGAUUAUGAAUGGUCAUGUGCCUCAGGAACAGGCUUUAAUACUGAAUUCAAAUGCUUUAAAUUGAAUAUUAUCAAGAUAUUGAAUGUAGUUGAAUACAUUCUCCUUUUUUAGCUUUGUAAGGGAAAGCAGUGUAUCUGUUUCCUUUUUAAUGGGCUUUUAGGUAGAGCAGUAGAAUUUCUAAAACAGUUAUAAUUUUUUUAGGGUACUGAGUUUGAAUUGACCGUAAUGAUGGUAGUUGAAGCUUUGUGUGAACUUCAAUGCCCAGAAGCUAUCCAAGGUCUGACUGUGUGGUCCUCAGCUGCUACUGGAAAAAGCCUUUCUUGGAUUAAUUCUGUGGCUCUACAAGCUGAUGGGAGGUAAGUUAGACGGCAUGGUGGGCAUUUAGGGUGUAAAGUAUUUUGAGUUUGCACAGUGGUGGGCAUACACAUGUCUGUUGUCCAUUGUGGAACCUUACCCCAGACACAAUUGGUUAAUCCACAGCUUUGUAAUACAUAGUCUGUCCUGAUUUUCCUGAUUUAUUUAUACUAUAUUGUAGGGAUCGACCGAUAUUGAUUUUUUAGAGCCGAUACCGAUACCGAUAUUCUGUGAACUUUCAGGCCGAUAGCCGAUAUAAUUUGCCGAUAUUCUGUACAUUUACCAUUUUGGAAAAUAAAAACUAUUUCUAAAGGUAAAUGCACAAAAUAUACAUGCAACGUGCAGUGGAUGCAGUGUGACAGGGGAGCUGUGUGUGUUUGUGUAGUGUGUGUGUUGUGGAUGCAGUGUGUGGAGGAUGCAAUGUGUGUUUGUGUAGGGGAUGCAGUGUGUAUUUGUCUAGUGUGUGUAGUGGAUGCAGUGUGUAUUAGUGUAGUGUGUAUAUAAUGAAAGCAGAGUGUGUGGGUAGUGUGCGUAAAGUGAAUGCUGUAUAUACUAAAUUCAAAGUGUGUGUGUAUAUAAUGAAUGCAGAGUGUGUGUGUGUAGUGUGUGUAUAGUGAAUGUAGUGUGUUUAUAUAAUGCAGAGUGUGUGUAUAUAAUGCAGUGUGUUUGUGUAGUGUGCAUUAUAUAAACACACUACACAAACACUGCAUUAUAUAAACACUACACAAACACACACACUGCAUUAUAUAACACACUACACAAACACACACUGCACAAACACACUACACAAACACACACUGCAUUAUAUAAACACACUACACAAACACACACUGCAUUAUAUAAACACACUACACAAACACUGCAUUAUAUACACAGUGUGUUUGUAUAGUGUGUGUAUAUAAUGCAGUGUAUUUGUGUGCAUUGUAUACAAACACACACACACACUACACAAACACACACUGCAUUAUACACACACACUAUACAAACACACACACUGCAUUAUAUACACAUACACUAUACAAACACACUGAAUUAUAUACACACACUAUACAAACACACUGCAUUAUAUACACACACUACACAAACACACACUGCAUUAUACACACACUAUACAAACACACUGCAUUAUACACACACACACUAUACAAACACACACUGCAUUAUAUAAACACACUACACAAACACUGCAUUAUAUACACAGCGUGUUUGUAUAGUGUGUGUAUAUAAUGCAGUGUAUUUGUGUGCAUUGUAUACAAACACACACACACUAUACAAACACACACAGUAUUAUAUACACAGUGUGUUUGUGUAGUGUAUGUGUAUAUAAUGCAGUGUGUGAGGGGGCAUUUUUUAUUAAAUUAUUUAAAAAAAAAAUGUAUAAUUCUUAUUUAUUUUUGUUGUCCCCCCUCCCUGCUUGUUACCUGGCCAGGGAGGGGGGAUAUGACAGUCCCUGGUGGUAUUGGCUGAGCUGGGGGGACGGGCAGCAAGCGCUUACUCACCUCCCAACAGCUCCUCCAGCUCCCCAAUGCAACUCUCGCGGCCAUCGUGUCGCGCGGAGCGUUGCCAUGGUGAUCCAUGGCAACGCUCGGACGGCCGCGGGUCUCGCGAGAGUUGCAUUGGGGAGCUGGAGGAGCUGCUGGGAGGUGAGUAAGCGCUUGCUGCCCGUCCCUCCAGGACCGCCGGGUUUGUAAUGAGCCCGGCGGUCCUAAGAGGUAUUAUCGGCAAUAUCGGUAUCUGAAUUGGCCGAUACCGAUAUUGCCGAAAAUACCGAAUAUCGGCCGAUUAUAUCGGUAAAACCGAUAAUCGGUCGAUCCCUACUAUAUUGCUCAAGUGUUCGUUUACCCUGCACUAUUCAUUAAGUGAAUAAAGUGUCUCAUAAACAAAAGAUUUGCCCUCUGUAAAGGAGAAGGUUGUUGGGGUUUUUUUAGGAGAAAGUUGUUGUUUUUUUUUUUUUCUUCACUAUACAGUUUAAUGAAAAUGUAUUUCUGCCUUCCUUGAAUGUUGUCACUAGGUUUGAGAAGGCAGCUGUUGAGUAUCAAGAACAUUUGUGUGCCAUGACUGGAGUUGAUUGCAGUACUACAGGUUUUGAUAAGUCCAUUUUGAAAUUGGCAAAUUUCAGUGGCAAUACUGCAAGCCCAAAGCAUUCAAAUGGUUUGUAACUUACUUUCUAUUGUCGGCACUUAUACAGUAAUGAGCCAUCUGUCACUCGGAUUUUCCAACCACCUAGUUUCAUGGAGUACAUAACAUGCUCUUUAUGCUUUACAGGUGAUGCCCGUAAAACUGUUCUUUCAAAACCAAGUGACCCACUACCCGAGGUAAUCAAUUACUUGGGUAACAAGGCUUGCGAGUGCUACAUUGCAAUUGCAGACUGGGCUGCAGCCCAAGAAUGGCAGAACACCAUGCAUGACCUCAAGAAGAGCUCCUCAGGGACUUGUAUAAAUCUUAAAUCAGACUUCAACUACAUAAAGUGAGUCAUUUGUAUAAAAUGAAUUCCUUGUAAGCUGUUUUAAAAAGCGUUUUACCUACCUUAUUCCCACUCCGUGUGCCGGUCUCGCCUGGGCAACCCUACCUCCACUGACUGAGACCAUCAACCCUAAUCUCCACCAAUAUUGUGCUUCCUCAUAGGAAUGCAUUGGGACACUAAUGCGUAUGUGUGGCGAAUCGCCAUGCUGCACCAAUCAACAUUUCUUCAUAGAGAUGUAGUGAGUAAGUGAAUCUCUAAGAGGAGCAUUUAGAAUUCCAUUGCACAGGACGGAUAUUCUGAAAGACUGAACCCAGGAAGUCCCUGUAGUGGCUGUGGUGUGACAGCUAAUUUAGGUUCCCUUAGGAGUGUAAACACUGCCUUUUCUUAGAAAAGACAGCUUUUACACUGCUUAGCCUGCAGAGACAGGCUUACUGCCUCAGAACCACUGUAUUGUGUCCCAUUAAAGAGUACUUUUACUGCCCUUUAUAGAUUGUCAUGUAAGCUUCUAUGGAAUACUUGGAGAAUACUGUAGAUUUAAAUGUGUCAACUGAUUAUUGUUUUAGUUGCUUGUACACUCUAUAUUUGAAUAUACCAUUAAAACCAUGUGAGACUAUAAUGCAUAUGUAUAAUGCGCUUGUGGUAAUACUGUAUUAAAUAAAUAUUCAAAAAUGUAUUGAUAAAUUAAAAUGGAACGUCAUUUCUCAGGAUGUUUAAUAUUAUGUUUACUUCUCUCAUAUUUAAAGGAACGUUAUAGGGUCAGGAACACAUUUUUCCCUGACCCUAUAUUGUUAAAACCACCAUCUUGCCCCCCUAAAUAUAGUACAAUCUUACUUGUAUUCAAGUCUGUAGCUGAUGGCUCUGCCCCUGUCACUGUCUGCCUCUGACCUGCCUGCUGUCCGCUUACAUCAUCAGAAUUGGUGCUCUGAGCCAAUCACAAUGCUUCUCCAUAGGAUUGGCCGAUCCUGUCAAAGAGGCAAGUCAGGGGCAGAGACCACACAAGUCAAACACAGCCCUGGCCAGUCAGAAACCCCUCAUAGAGAUUUAUUGAAUCCAUGCAUCUCUGUAAGGAAAUUUCAGUGUCAGUGCAAAGGGUGGAUAUACUAAAUGGCAGUGCUGCUCACUGUGCAGCACUGCACCAGGAAGCACCUUUUGCAGCCAUGAGGAGUGGCCAGUGGAGUGAUCACUAGGCUGUAAUGUAAACACUACAUUUGCUCUGAAAAUACAGUGUUUACAUCAAAAGGCCUCAUGGGUAUGAUUCUACUCACCAGAACAAAUGCAAUAAGCUGUAGUUGUUCUGUGAAGUUAACAAAUAGGUGUUCUGUGAAGUGUGAAAAAUAAAAUGAAGUCUAGAAAUUCACAUCCUGGAAAGGUGGGGCUUCAUCUUAACUACCAGUAAAUCAUUGUUUUAGGCUCUACCUUUUCCUGUGAUUAAAGGGACACUUCUGCCCAUUGGAGUGGUCUGGGUGCCAACUCCCACUACCCUUAACCCUGCAAGUGUAAUUAUUGCAGUUUUUUAUAAACUGCAGUUUUAACUCCUACUCUAGUGGCUGUCUACUAGACAGCCACUAGAGAGCACUUCCGGUAUUAUAACACACAUUCCGUGUGCUAUAGCGUCGCUGGAGGUCCUCACGCUAUGCGAGGACCUCCAGCGUCGCUAGAUUCCCCAUAGGAAAGCAUUGAAAGCAAUUUCCAAUGCUCCCCUAUGGGGAGGUCUAGUGCGCGGCAUGCGCAUUAGGUCUCCCCUGCCAGCGGCCGCGCAUGUGCAGUAAUUCUCCCCCGCCGGAUGACAGCGGGGGAGGAGCGUGGGCGGACCCUGAACCAGCGCCAAAGGGACAUUGGCGCUGGAGACAGGUAAGUCACUGAUGGUGUUUUAACCACUUCAGCAACUUUGGAUGGGGGGUGGGAGGGAGAGGGGACCUGCAGUGCAAGUUUUCUCCACUGCAAAGUGUGUGCUGAUAAAAUGUGAAUUUGUGACAUACAUAUUUAAAACUUAAUAUACAUUUAAAAGAAAGUUGAGCAUCACAUGAAGGUUAACAGAGUAAUGUGCAAAAUGUCAAUGUUUAAUUCAAUGAUACAAUGUCCAGGAAAGUGUUUGGACUUAUGUGUGUUCUUUUUCAUUGUUUCGUUAUCCACAUGUUGCUUGGUCUUGUCAAAACUCUUUGGUUUUAAAUGCAUUUGCUUUUUUCCCUAUAUAGUACACUGCUUUAAGUCUAAUUUUAUUCUUAAAUCAUGUCCUCUAAUAGAGCUCUAACCACAUUUGAUUCUGGAGAGUUCCUGGAAUGUACAGGACAACUAGAGCUGCUCCCUGGAGAAAAUCUGAAUCUGCUGUCUGUGGGAUCAAAGGAAAAAAUAGGUAAGAUGAUAUUAAAUAUUGGCCAGCUAUAAGGUAAAAUAUGGUUGUAUCAUACAAGACAAGCAUCCAUAUUUUGCAGUAAAGCCAGGGGCAUGUCUUUCAUGAAAUGCAAAAAAGAAACACAAUAGACUUAAUAUGAUUCCUCCCUGAAAGAAAAAGACUGACUGAUUAAAGCAUAGUGGUAGCAAUAGCAUUCACAAGCAGACAAGCAAAAAAAUGUUGUGAACGAUAUUUCAAUCCAACAGAAAUACUUUGUCUCAGACAUUGUCUUCAAAUUGGAAUAUAUCUGAUUUUGCUUUAACCAAAACUGCUUCACAGCUGUUACAAGCAAUUUUCUUGUGUAAAGAAAGUAGUUCAGGUGAAAUUCUGUAAUUUGAUGGUGGGGUUUAUUUCCUAGACCAUGAAUUGUGUUCAACUAAAAAUGAAAGUUGUACCCCACAACAUCAGUAUGGCCUUUUUGCACAUUUACCUUUGAUGUUCCCUCCUUUGUCUUUUAGACAUGAAGAAGCUUCUUCCCUGUCUGCUCAGCCCAGACCCAAGAGAGCUACAAAAAUGUAUUGAAGUCCAACUCCUGAGAAGUUCAGUGUGCUUCAGCUCUGCUGUAACAGAAGAGGAACAAGAACAGAAGUGGCAGCCCAUUGUUGAGUAAGCAGUAGAUUCAUUUUUUUUAAACAAUGUACUGAUUUUGAACACUUUGGCUAGUUCUAUGCUAAAUCUCCAAUAAUCCCGGGUGGCAACGACUUUAUAGAACACCAUUUUAUCUCAGUCACAAUGUAAUCUUGGCCUCUCCUCCUAGCGUGCCCAUCACUUUAAUUUCCUUUAAUGGCUUCUCCAAAUCAAAUAUCACAGUGCUCCUCCUAGCACUCAUGGGUGUCUAAGAAGGAUGCGCUGUGUUUAUCCAAACAGGGUGAUGAAUAAUGGUGAAAUAUUGCUAAUCUCCUUCCAGUGUUACAGAAAAAAGUUUUGAGUUUCUUACUCAUAAUACAGAACAUGGUGGUAUUCUCUGGAAGCCAUUUAUAAAUAUAAGUGGGCUAAAUAUUCACUUAAUAGCAUGAUGUACUACUUUGUAUUCACACUAUUAUCGCAGAUGACUUAACUAUGGAUAUAGUUUUAAAUCACGUCUGUCGGCUUAUUUGUUUUUGAAAACAUACCUAACAUUUAAGGGCACGAAUAUGAAUAUGUUUGGGAAGUGCCAAGAGGUCAGUUUGGUGGAUUUGCACUUUCUUUUUUUUGAUUGUUUUUUUUUUUUUUUUGUCAGAAAUCUUUCUAAAUACCUGAAGCAAACUGCACGGAUUGCGAUGGGACCCCUAAGACUUUCUACACUGGCUGUGUCUCAGUCCCUGCCUUUGUUGGGAACAUUACAACUAUACUGCUCCUCCGCUUUAGAGAGUACAGUGUCAACUAAACUUUCAUCCGAGGUACAUGAGCAUCUGAAUUUGAUUUCAGGCAUCUACCUGUGGGAUCUAUUAAAAAAUGUAUGAAAGGAAGUUUAAAAAAAAAAAUGUACAUGUAGCAUAUAAAUGAAUGGAUUUAUGAAUUUCCAAACCACACUAAAUGUGCCUGUACCCUUGUAUGUUACAUACUUCAUUGUCAUUCCAUAUAUUUUGAUGUUACCUGAAAUGCAUCUGCUCACUGAUUUCUCAUUACAAAAAUAGAAAACCAAUCCUCCCGUAUUGUACCGUGUCUUCGGUAGCCCCACGGUGUAAAUGUAUUUAUUUAUUUUGCCUUUUUAUUUGUUAAAGUUUGCUACUGAUAAUGACCUAUCCAAAGAAUAUUGAAAAGAUAUUGUAAGACAUAGUACUGAUUAGUUUAUCCAAAUCUUGUCCUAUUCAUGCAUUUUAUCACUCAUUACGAGACCUGAUCUUAUAGGAUCCUCAAUAGACCUCAGUUUUUUACUCAUGUGCAAGACUACAGCACUGAUGAAGCCAAGUAAGUGUAACUCACUUCUGCACUCUUAGCAAGGUGACCGAGCCGCUUUGACUUUACAGGUUUGUCUCCUAGUCUUAACAAGUGAGUUUUUGCCUGUAUAUAUGUAAAAUAUACAAAUACCUCUAUAUGCACAUCAUCCUUACUAUAUCGUGGUUCAGAAAACUUAUUUGCAGUAUUAAGUUUAUUUUUUUUUUUCUGCCAGGAUUGUCUGAUACCUCUAUUCAGUGAAGCCUUACGUUCAUGCAAACAGAAUGAUGUGAGGCCAUGGAUAAAUGCCCUCAGAUACACCACCUUUCAAAACCAGCUCACUGAUAAAAUCCAAGGUAUAGCCUAACUAUUUUUAUCUCCUAUUUCCUGUAUGCUUGAGCCUUAAAGCGACAGUAUUUUCUGGAGCUGAACUCUUAAAAACGUCUUCUUGAGAGAAUGUAGUAAAAAAACACACACUGUUAAAAUGUUAGUACAGAAGCAACAGUGGCAUAACAAUUUAGGCAAAAUGUCUCAAGAUCAAAUCCUUUUUUGUGGCUUUAUUAUUUGCAUAACAAGUACACUAAAAGCCUUAUUGGUUAAAAUCCAUAGAUAGAUACCUUCUGGUGUCCCUAUCAUAAGAUCAUAUGAACUCUCAUAGCCUGGUAACAACAUUCAUUAUGUAGCAGAUUGCUUUGGGUUUAAUUUAUUUUAUUUUUUUAUUUUAUUUUUAGGUACAUUAGUGCUGAGUUUUAGUUUUAGUUUGGGUAAGGGGUUUAUUUUUCCUUUAGGAGACAUUUCUUUGUAUAAUUAAAAAUAUAACUGUAUGAUUGUGGGGCUUCUAUUAUUGGCCCAUUGAACCUUGCAAUUAUAUAAUUGUGUAAGAUUUUACACUGGGCAUAUCAAGUCUCUUUUUGUUACUGAUAAUGAGCUUAUAAAUUCUGUACAAAUAUGGGAAUUAUAUUUCUGGAUACACCUAACUUUUUUUUUUUUUUUUCUUGUCCAUAGAUCAGACCUUAUCAGUAAAAUGUCAUCUGAUGGAGAUGGGACUAACAGCAGCAAAAUGUUCUCGCAAACGUGGGAAUAUCACUCUGGCCACAAGGUUGUUAGCCCAGUGUAGUGACAGCCAGCUUGUGCAUGUUACAACUGCCCAAGACUUAGUCAAUCAUUUCAAAAAGCUUUCUAUCCAGGGACAAAUGGAUGAGAAGUGGGGUCCUGAACUUGACAUUGAAAAGGCUAAAAUGCUCUAUGUAGCAGGUGAGUAUAUACUCCGGAUAAGCGUUUUUGGCCAACUUACAUUGCAAGCAGAAAGCUUCUACAAUGAUUGUUUGAAAAUAUAAAUUUUUGUCACACCAUUUCCCACAGUUUGCAAUGUCUGUCUGUGUGUAUCUAUAUCUUUAUCUGUCUAUCAAGAGAGAUAUAGAGAGAUAUUAUGCACACUAAUAAAACUGGUCAAAUUUGCCGAAAUGUAAAAAAAAAAAAAUGUUUUAUAAUUUUUUAUUUUUUUUGUAGUGCAUAGUUUAACAUACAUGCUUGCAUUAACAAUUCAGAUGAUUAUAUAUCACAAUGAAAGAUAGUAAUGAUAACAUGAAAAAUCAAGAAUACUGCACUUGGGGACGGGGGAGAACACUAGGACGGGGGAGGGGGGAUGUCAUGGAAGAGGACAUUAAGUAGGGGUGGGGGGGGACCACUAAGGGACAAGGGAAGUUUUUCAUAUUAGAUUAAUUCAAUUCAUUAAAAAGUCUAAUAUUAAUAAAAAUUUACAGGGGAGGAAAACUUUUUUUUAAAUAAUUUGGGGAAAAAGUCAUUUUCGGCCAAGGGCAUCCUGAAUUUUCGGUUUCGGCCCUGAAUUUUCAUUUUGGUGCAUCCCUAGGUACUCUUAUUUGAGUGCUAUAGUAUUGCAGUAUGUUGGGCACACUCCUGGAGCAGUGAUGACUAACUUGCUGAAUGUUAAGUUUCCCGUAAUGCUCAUGAAGUCGCAAUGGGAAAAAUUGAGAGGUUAAGGAUAAGCAUUGGACAUUGCUGCUCCAGAGGUCUAAAUCUGAUCUACUUUCCUAUAACAGCAAUCCUAUAUAUGCAUACUGUGUAUAAUUGUUACACACAAAGGUUUAUAAUGAAAACACCAAGAACAAAAAAUGCCCCUGCAGACCCCAGAUAAGUUUUGGUUUGACUUCAUAAAUGGGGGUGGUACCAGUGUGCUACUGGCACCAUAACUGCUACAGUGGUCAUGUUGACUGAAGUGUUACGCUAAUAGUUAUAUAUGCCUGUUUGUGCUGUUCUGUUCAAUCUGCCAGACAUUCUUGUGGUGUUGUCAAAGCAUCCAGUUUUUGUUUGUUUUUGUUUUAUGUUUUUUUAUUACAUCCAGACUUGUAGACUAUAUGUAUAUUUUAUUGCACAUUAACACUUAAACAUCUUGCACAGUUUAACAUGCUUUGAUGACUUGGGAGGGAAGUUGGAGGUGUACUUUAUUGUGUUUUAUACACUUGUUUCUCCUCACCAGGCCAGUCUACUCAUGCCAUGGAGAUGCUAAGUUCCUGUGCCAUUUCCUUCUGUAAAUCAGCGAAAGCAGAAUAUGCCGUGGCAAAAUCUAUCCUUACUCUUGCGAAAUGGAUUCAAGCAGACUGGAAAGAAAUUUCUGGGCAGAUGAAGCAGGUGUACAGAGCACGCCAGCAGCCAAAUGUCACUGGCCUCUCCACUCUGGCUAAAAAUGUACACACACUGAUUGAUUUGCCACCUGUGAAUAUCAUGGAAGAGGAAUAUCCACGAAUCGAAAGUGAAUCUACAGGUAAUUACACAUCUUCGGUAAUUUACUUAAAUUGUGCUUGAAUUUUCAUCCUUAUUAAGGCAGCGUGAAAAUUUUGAAAUUUGGUGGGUUUUUUUAUUCUUGAAUUAAAAAGCACAUGACUGGCUAUUUUGAAAACCAAAAAAAUGUACAGGCAUGCAAUUUUUUUCAUUAGCUGGUGCAAAUGUUUCAUGUUUUUUCAUGUGUAAAAGCAGUUUUGUUAUUUCUGAGUAUUUCAUAUUCAUAUAAUCUCUACGGAAUACUCUUAUUGACAGCGCUAGAAUGAAGAACUCCUUUGUCUUAGGGUGAGCCUGGCGUUGACAAAGGUGGAGCUUCACUGUCAACUUCCAGCAGCUCUAACAUAUGACAGUUGUAGGAAUUGGGCAUCAUCUCGCUAUAUAGCAAUGCUUUAGACGAGGUAGAGUCAGCUCCAGCUGGGUUUAGGCGAUAUUUUAAGAUUUGACCCAAAAUCACAUUAUCAACAUUUUUAAGAUUUCCACUGAUCCAUUAAAUGUGUAAGGAUUAUUAGGCAAUUGUAUUUAAUUAUAACACCUGUGUCUUUGAAGUUUAUUCUCAUUCUUUAAUAUAAAUGGGAAUUGGUGGAAGGGAUAAUGAAAAUGAGAAACAGAGGUCCAUUUCUAAGGGAUUUGUUAUCCAUAGAAUUUAGAGAAACAAAAGAUUAGUACUAAGAUUAAAAUAUAGCUAAUGCAAUUCUAAAAUACUUUGAAAGUACACCAGAAUACUAAGUCAGCCUUUAAAACUGCAACAGCAUAUUUUUUUUUAUUUUUUUUAUUUUUUUUUUUAACUUGGGUCAUUUUUCGUCUGAACAUUUUUGGAUCAAAUGUUAUGUGCACUUCUCAUUAAAGUUAGUACCAAGGGAAUAAAGAUUAGAUGUUCUAUGUCAUUUGUUUAAAGCACAAUUAAACUUACAUGGCAUGGUUUGUGUCAAAGGGACUUUCCUCAAACUAAGAAAAUAUAUUUUUGGUCCCCGAAGCAGUAUGUAUUUUUGCCUAAACUAGGUUAGUAUUUGAAUGACUUAAUGCCUUCCAUUUGACCACUGAUCAGCAGGCUAUGAAUAGACUUGUAGUGGGCCACCUACCUCAACUAUAGCCAUGUGUAUAUUCACCUUUGCCUUGCUCCUGUGUUUUACAUUUAAUAUGACUGUUAAUCUAUAUUUCUUUUGUUUGGUGUAUUAGUGAGUAUCGGUGUGGGAGAACCUGAUUUUGUUCUGGGGCAACUAUAUCACUUAUCCUCUGUCCAAGCUCCUGAUGUUGCCAAGUCCUGGGCAGCAUUGGCCAGCUGGGCGUACAGAUGGGGAAGGAAGGUGGUAGACAAUGCCAGGUAAGCAUAUUGGUUUUGGAUAUUCCACAUUCGCUCUUUUGAAAUCUUCCAUUCCCACUGGAGAUGCACACUUUUCUACACUUGGAUGAUUAUCAACACUUUGCACCUCUGUUUCCUUUUCACAACCUUGAUAUGUUAUGACUCGAAUAAUAAAAAUAAUUCUGUCAUGGCAAUGCGUUUUACUUUUGAUAGAAUGACAAAAAUCACUUAAUAGCAAUUCAGUUUGGACAUAAAGCAGUUGACUGAUGAAAAAUGUUUAUUUUUGAUCAGCCAAGGGGAAGGAGUGAAAUUAUUGCCAAGAGAAAAAUCUGAAGUACAAGAGCUUCUGCCUGACAACGUUUCUGAAGAAGACAAAGAAAAAAUAUAUGGUAUUCUUGGGCAAGCCAUGUGUCGACCAGCUGGCAUUCAGGUUUGUUCAAUAUUUUCCAUUAUUUUGUAUAAAGGUUCUACAGUCUAAUAACAUGUGCAAGCUAGUCAAACUCAUGGUCUGCAAGCCAAGUAGCUGGCAAACUCAUUCUUGUUCAAGCUUCCACAAGUGAACAAAAACAUGACCGUUAAGUCCUGCCAAAACAAAUACAUUUCAAUGGCUGAAAAUGUAAACAGCCAGUUAAGGACUGGGUGUGAGACUAGGAAGCGUGUCCAAGGGGAUGACUGUGCAUAGACUUUUAGGGAUACUUAAACAUUUUGAAACUUUGAGUUUAUUCACUUAAUACCAAAUGUGAGUGAAUUACAAACAGUGCCUAGUUUAUAAAUUACUGGCAGAGAAGCGUUAAUGAGUAGAUUAGAUGUACUGCUCCCCUGUUUUCCUUAUUUAAAUUUUUACUUGCGCACUAAAAUGUUUUGAACCCUUUGUAUAUCCCCCUAUAAUAUACACUAUCUGACCAUUAAUAAUUUUCUGUCAAAAUCUUGGCACCCACAUUUUGUUUAACAUAUUACAGCCAUAUUUGCUUUCAUAUCUAACCCUGCCUCUGCACUUUUCUCACUAAACUGUUAGUAGCUAGUUUAGUUGUGACACUGUGGAGUUAUAUGCUGCUAGUAAUAUUGGGGAGGGAGAAAGAAAGAUGUUGAAAAACAGUGGCUGUCCGCUCAAGAUAUUGUAGAAGUCUAGUGACACUGUGUGAUAGAAGACAAAGGACACUUGGAGUGAGCUUCAUAUAUUGAAUAACAGUCAGCAGGAUUAGUCUGCUCAAUACAAACAUGUAAAUCAACCGCACAAUAAAGUAGAUAUGCAUCAUUUUUAUCGUGUUGACUAAAUUUUAGGCCUGGCCUAGUUGAGCUUUGAUUAGGGAUGCUGCAAGAAAUGUUUAAUUGCCUUUGGUAGGUUUCAUGCGAGGAAUAUAUUUAAGUCUUGGCAUUACUAUUGCUGACAUUCUCAGGCCGCUCUACAUUUAGCACUUGUACAAGUUAAUGAAAUUUGGGAUUGUAGUUUUCUAAUACAUGAAUGUGACAUGCUGUCUAAUGCUCUGGGAAUAUUUAGAUCAGCAGCAAAUUGAAUCACCAGCAAAAACAGAUAUGAGCGAGACUGAACUUGAUGGAAGAUUUUUUUUUUUUUUUUUAUGCUGAAAAGUUUGUUCUGUGUUUUUGCUUUUUCUAAAAUCUUUAUUGAAAUUCACUCUGCGUUUAUUUUCAUAGGAUGAAGACUUGUCUCUUCAAAUCACUGAAAAUGAGGAUAAUGAUGAAAACAACACUGUAGAUGUGAUUUGGAGGCAGCUAUUGUCAAGCUGCCCGAGGCUGGCAGAUAUGAACGAGGCUGCAUCAGAUGGUCUCAUCAAAGUGUGGAGGAAAGUCGUAGACCGAAUCUUCAGUCUGUACAAAUUAUCCUGCAGUGCAUACUUCACCUUCUUAAAACUGAAUGCCGGGCGGGUAUGUAAUUAGAGAUUGUGACUGUAUCUAUGAACUUUGUUUAGAGUUAAUUAAACGAAGGUAAGGGUCUUAGACUGUCAAUUCUGUAAGCUGUGGCUCAGUCAAAGCAAUUUUAAGUUCAAAAACAGCUAGUUUUAAAGAUUUCAAGAGUGCCAACACCUGCAGCCACAAGAAGAUAACCAAGGCAGUGUCCAUUAUAUUCACACCUCUCAUUCAGCACGAAAACCUGUUCUGAAAAUGAAUUAAACUUUUAGGCUAUGCGUUGGGAUUUAUUGGCAAACAUUAAGCACUGUGGUAAAACACUUUGUAUUUAAAACAUUUUUGUAUAGGUUUCUCUUGAUGAAGACGAUCCUCGCCAGCAUCUUAAUAGCCCUUCCAAACAGAGUUCUGAUGAUGUCAUUGUGAUGGCAACAUUACGUUUACUAAGGCUGCUUGUCAAACAUGCUGGGGAACUUAGACAGUACCUGGAACAAGGUCUGGAGACAACACCCACUGCUCCCUGGAGGGGUAAGCCAUUUACAUUCAUCUGGCUUCUUACUUGGAACCUUGCGGUUUCUAAAUAUUUGUUACAGGGAGGUUUAUUUGUUCAUUUAUUGUGCUGUCAGUGAUUUGUUGGUACAAUAUUUAAGCCCAGUAAGCUCUUCUUCCUUUCAUUUUUUUUAAACUCUAGGUAUAAUUCCUCAACUCUUCUCUCGUCUCAAUCACCCUGAAGUCUAUGUUCGGCAGAGCAUCUGCAAUUUAUUGUGUCGUGUGGCCCACGAUUCACCACAUCUCAUCUUGUACCCUGCUAUAGUUGGUAGCAUCUCACUUAGCAAUGAAUCUCAGUCUUCAGGUUAGUAGUAACCUGUCAUUUGGCAAAAAUAACCAAGCUCACAAUGUGACCUUCUAUCUUAUCUCCAAAUCAGUAACUUGAUUUUUAAAGGUUUUUUUUGCAUGCCUUAUUGUUUUGAUGUUUCAUGUUCUGAUACCUGCUUUAAUAUGGAAUCCACUUAUCCUAUCUUGUAAAGAAGUCCAAGCAGCAGGGUUAUGUAACCGUUAAAUUCUGAGUGUGCUAAACCUUCACCAUGCAAAACCGUAAUAUUGGAUUGUGCUCUUAAAUUAUAAAACUUCCCCCUUCCUCCAUGGAAGGAACACCACUAGUGGUGGUCCAUUUUGGGGAAAACCUUUUUUUGUACUUUGAGUGUAUUGUCAUUAGCAAGGGUUACCCCCUUUGGUAGGUUUCGUUAGAUGGUCCCGUGAGGAUUCACAUUUUUAGUGGAUCUUCUUUGCUCAUAUUGAGAAUGUUAGAUUGACUUUUUUGAGCCUUUUGCUACGUUUUCACAUUAGGCAUAGCCCUGUGAACAGUGUAAAUGUAACAUUUGUAUAUGGUGUACAAUCCAGUAAUUGUUUGUAUUUCUAAAAACUAGUUUUCCAAUGAUUAUCUGUGAUUUUUAUUGUUUAAACCGUUGUAUAAACACCAUAUUUGACUAUUGUCAGAUGGUAGUCUUAACAGUUUGGGGGGGGGAAACUGUUUAAUUGAAUAUUAAAAUGGCCACCCAAGACAAGGGGUUGUCAUUUUUAAUGUUGAUUACAUUUUAGAUUUAGAUAUUUUUUAUUUGCAUUUUUGUCACACAAAAAGAAGUAAAAAUACAUAUAACAUUUACGUACAAAUACUUGACAUUUACUCAUACAUAAUGCAUUCUACCUGUGUAAAAAGGGGGCUGAGCAGAUUUGGUGCGCCUUCAAAGUUGUUGUGAGAGGAUACUUGAUAAAACUUAAAGCAACACUGUAGGGUCAGGAACACCCCCUUUGUGGCAUCAUCAAAAUGGCUUUUCUCUGAAAAGGCAGUGUUUACAUGAAAAAGUCUAAAGGGGAACACUUCUUAACCCCUUAAGACCGGAGGGCGUACUAUUACGCCCUAUUUUAGGUGGCUCUAAACGCCGCCGGGGGUAAUAAUACGCCCUCCGGUCUUUCUUUACUUACCUGGUCGCCGGCGAUCGCGGUUGGGGGGACUCCCAGGGAGCCCCCGCGGCACGUCCGACCUCCUGGCAGCCCCCCCGGCCAUGUGAGAGUGAGGUCUUUGAGAGGACUUCACAAUCACAUGGCCGGGAUAGCUGCCUCCUGCAUUGCCAGCAGGGGGACUGGUGGUCCCCCUGCUGGCUGGAAAUAAAAUAAAUACAAUUUUAAAAAGUGUGUAAAAAAAAAAAAAAAUAAAUAAAAAAAAAUAAAAUAAAAUAAAUAUAUAUAUAUAUAUAUAUAUAUAUAUAUAUAUAUAUAUAUAUAUAUAUAUAUAUAUAUAUAUAUAUAUAUGUGUGUAUAUAUAUAUAUGUGUAUAUAUAUAUAUGUGUAUAUAUAUGUGUAUUUUACUAUUAAUAUAUAUAAUUAAAUAUAUAUCUCAAAUUACACGUACACUGAUUUUAUAUAUAUAUAAUUAUUGUUAUAUAUAUUUAUAUAUAAUAUAAAAAAAUUAAAUAUGUAACUACGUUAAAAAAUAAAAUUAAAUAUAUAGAUGUGUUAUUUCAUUCUAACUGUAUUGUGAUAUUAAUAUAUAUUUAUAUCAAAAUACACGUAGAACGACGUAAUAUAUAUCUAUAUACAUAAAUAUAUACGUAUAUAUCACUAUAUAUACCUAUAUAUAAAUAAAAAUAUUUUAAAAAUUAUAUAUAUAUAUAUAUUUAUUUAUGUAAUAUUUUUACAUAAUUAGGUAUCUUAAUUAAUUACAAUUAGUGGGACCUGCCUGACAACCCAUGCCGAGAGUAAAGGGAAUUUAAUUUGCUAGCACUAUAUUUAACCCUAUAACUUUCCAAGACACGAUAAAACCUGAACAUGGGGGGUACUGUUCUACUCGGGAGACUUCGCUGAACACAAAUAUUAGUGUUUCAAAACAGUAAAAUGUAUUACAACGAUGAUAUAACCAGUAAAAGUGAAGUUUUUUCACGCACAAACAGCACUUACACGGACGAUAUUAUUGCUGCGAUACUUUUUACUGUUUUGAAACACAAUUAUUUUUGUUCAGCGAAGUCUUCAGAGUACAACAGUACCCCUCAUGUACAGGUUUUAUGGUGUUUUCAAAAGUUACAGCAUCAAAUAUAAGACUUGUUUAAUUUUUUUCACAUUAAAAUUCGCCAGAUUGGUUACGUUGCCCUUGAGACCCUAUGGUAGCCCAAGAAUGACAAUUACCCCUAUGAUGGCAUACCACUUGCAAUAGUAGACAACCCAAGGUAUUGCAAACUGGGUAUGUCCAGUCUUUUUUUUUAGUAGCCACUUAGUCACAAACUCUGGCCAAAAUUGGCGUUUUUUUGCAUUUUUCACACAGAAACAAAUACUAACGCUAACUUUGGCCAGUGUUUGUGACCAAAUGGCUACUAAAAAAAGACUGGACAUACCCCAUUUGCAAUACCUUGGGUUGUCUACUAUUGCAAAUGAUAUGCCAUUAUGGGUGUAAAUUUCUUUCCUGGGCUACUAUAAAGUCCCAAAGGCAACGUAACCAAUCUGGCAAAUUUCAAUUUCAAAUGUAACUUGCUAUAUUUGACCCUGUAACUUCCCAAAACGCCAUAAAAUCUUUUCUCCCAUUUUUUUCAUAUUAAAUUGUUUCAUAGCUAAAUAUUUGAUAUUAAAUGAAAGCCCUGUUUCCCCUGAAUAAAAUAAUAUAUAAUAAGGGUGGGUGUAUUUAAUAUGAAAGAGGUGAAUUACAGUUGGACAGACAUGUAGCGCAAAUGCCAGGUUUUGUUUACAUUUUGUUUUGUUUACAUUUUGUUUUGUUUGGCUCCGUCCUUAAGGGGUUAAGCUGUAGUUGUUCUGGUGACUAUUGUGUCCCUUUAAGAAUAGAAUAAAUAAACAAAAAGGCGCCUUGAGGGAAGAACUAUAUAUAGAAUAUUAUAAAUUAUCCAAAAAUAAAUUGCUAACUAGCAAAACUAUAACACAACUAAACGAAUUAAAAAAAAAUAAAUAUAAAAAAUCAAUGAAAUAGAAUGUGAACAAAUUAAUACAAAUCGAGAAAUGAAAGUGAACUAUUAUCAAGACAAUAAUAAAAUAACAAAAAAAAAAACCUGAGAUAGAAGGUAACUUUUUUUUUUUCUUUGAUUUUGUUUUUUGUUUUUAAACGGUUAUUGUGCUUGCAGAUCCUAAGUGUGCUUCCAUGUCAAUCAAGGUUUCUUAGAUUGAUGAAAUAAUGUCUUCAUUUUACUCAUGUAAUGGGUGAAAUCAAGAAAUGUGCUAGUAGUGCAGGGAAAUAUUUCAUUUCAAAUAAAUCUGAUUACAUGUUCUGCAGGUGGCAAGUCAAAAAAUGAAAAUUGUGCAUAAUAUUAUUGGGUGAUAGGUCUUUCAUUCAAAAUACAGCUGGUGUGAAAAUCUUAGUCAAUGUCUAGAAAAAACCUUAUAUGAUUGAAAGCUACACUUUCUGGAGCAAUUAAAAUAAAAAGAUGCUAGUUACAGAUCUUACGUGUAAAUAUUUAACAUUUCAAAGUAUGCACAUUUACGUAAUGUCAACUAGAAGAAUUGUGAAUUAAAUUGCUUUUAAUUUGCUUAUAAUGUCAAGUUUAACAUUUUACAUGUUUGUAACACAGGAACCAAGCUUUCUUCGGCUAUCCCCACUUUACUUCGUAAUAUACAGGAUGAGGAGCUGAUGGGUGCUGAAUGUGGGGAUGAGAGUCCACCAGCUUCACAAGAAAGCAAUCGGGAUGAACUAAAGAAUGGUCUGAAUGAGGACCAAGCCAUGAUGCAGGAUUGUUACAGCAAGAUUGUGGACAAGUUAUCCUCUGCCAACCCAACAAUGGUGUUACAGGUCUGUGUUUAGUGACCAUUUAUGAGUAGCCUUCUUUACUACUGUCGCUGUUUUGAGGAGUUGUGAAUGCAUCAGAGCUGCGUCUUCAUUCAAACUUUCUCACUAUUUAUUCUGUUUCUUAUAGGUGCAAAUGUUGGUUGCUGAGUUGCGAAGGGUUACUGUUCUAUGGGACGAGCUCUGGCUUGGAGUCCUGCUGCAGCAACAUAUGUACGUUCUGAGACGCAUACAGCAACUGGAGGAUGAAGUGAAGAGAGUGCAGAACAACAACACCCUUCGCAAGUAUGUGAUUUGUUUGUUUGGGAAUUGAAGCACAUAAGUACAUUUUCACAACUGACCAAAGCAUUGGCUGCAUUCGUGCGUAAAUAUAAGUGGGACACUCUCUUGUGUCUUUAUCAUGUCGUCCAAAAAUGAGAAACGUGCGUAGUAAUGGUGCAUCUAGCUGGUAUAAAAACUAAAAAUGUCACCAGUUCUUGCACAGUGAACAAAUGUAUUCAACUUUCCAGAAGAAAGUGUUGACUCUAUAUCAGUAAAUAGUAAUAAGGGUUUUGCUAUUGUUUAUCUUUUUCCUAAUUAGAGAGGAGAAGAUUGCAAUUAUGCGUGAAAAGCACACUGCACUGUUGAAGCCCAUUGUAUUUGCCUUGGAGCAUGUUUGUAGCAUUACUUCAGCUCCAGCAGAGACUCCCCAUGAAAAAUGGUUCCAAGACACCUAUGGAGAGGCAAUUGAAAAUGCCUUAGAAAAACUCAGAAAUCCCUCAAAUCCUGCAAAUCCGGGAAAUAGCUGGUUGCCUUUCAAGCAGGUAUGUGUACAUUUGUGAUAAUCCUUUUCAAUUCUUAUUCUGUUGGAGUAAAUGCUCUGACAUUUGAAUUGUGGGCAUAGUGCAGAAACCUUGCCUUAGGUCUGCUUUUUUUCAUGUGACUAGCAUUUGUGCAGCUAACAUUAUCUGUACUAAUAGAAUGCAUUCCAUUAGAAUUAGAGCUUUUGAUGUAAAAAUAUUCUGGAUGUAGAGCAGACUGUCCGUUUUAAUUUGAGGGUAUUACUUUUGACAAACUAAAUACUGUGGGAAUCCCAGUCCUUUUUUGUACAGUAUUUAGUCUCUCCAUUUAGGUUACGAAAGUAUUUGGACAAAUUCAACAAAGUUACUGUAAUUAGUGUUUUGUUGUCUUCCUUUGUUGAUACCCUAUCAUGCAUGUACUACAGCUAUCUUUGAUUUAUGUUGUUUCAGGAGGUUUCCCUGUUAGCUUUUGUUUUUUGUCAGUAAGUGAACUGGAGAUUUUUCCCAGUGCUCCUCUUUUGGUCUAAAAUGUGCAAUUUUGUUUUCAGUUCACUAAAUUCACAGUUUAUUGAAUGAUGAAUUGAAUCACACUGUUUAUUGAAUGCUCUUGAUGGCCUACUUCACUGACAUUGACCUUUUGCUCCUCUUGUUGAGGCAACCUUAGCUAACUUCUAAACCCCUUACCAAGAAUGCCCUUUAGAUGUUUUGUUACUAUUAACUCCACACUAGAAACAUCCCAAACAGCCUAACAGGCAAAUGUCCAGUUACAGUGGUUAAUCAUAAUUUCAUUUCAUGUUCCAUGUGAUGUGCAGAACCAAAACAAAAUUUGUCAUUGCAUGAAUAUUUGAGGACUAUACUGUAUCUAUGCUUAAAGGAACGCUAUAGUGUUAGGGAUACAAACCUUUUGCUCCCCUUUUUCCAAUGCCCAGACCCCUUUGGUGCUGCUCACCUCUGUUUCCUGCAGUGUCAUUGAGGAGGCUUGAUGUCAUCUAGCAAAAAUCCAGUCCAAUGCCCUCCUAGAGGAGCAUCUGGGGACCUGGUGAAUAUGCUCGGGAAGUGCCAGUCCUUUCCUGUGAGCUUUCUCAUCACAGGACAGUUUUAUUCUGUCAGUGCAGCAGAAGCACCUUUAGUGGCUGUCCGUAUACCUCUUGUUUACGCAUUGCCCUUUCUGCACAAUUGCAAUAUUUUACCUUUAAAGUUUAAACAUACAGGACAUUGAGAUGAGGUUCACUGGGUGACUUUAGUGGUCCCUUAAUAAACCAAGAAAUACAGUUGCAAGAAAAAGUAUGUGAACCCUUUGGAAUGAUAUGGAUUUCUGCACAAAUUGGUCAUAAAAUGUGAUCUGAUCAUCAUCUAAGUCACAACAAUAGACAAUCACAGUCUGCUUAAACUAAUAACACACAAAGAAUUAAAUGUUGCCAUGUUUUUAUUGAACACAACAUGUAAACAUUCACAGUGCAGGUGGAAAAAGUAUGUGAACCCUUGGAUUUAUAACUGGUUGAACCUCCUAUGGCAGCAAUAACUUAAACCAAAUGUUUCCUGUAGUUGCAGAUCAGACGAGCACAAUGGUCAGGAGUAAUUCUUGACCAUUCCUCUUUACAGAACUGUUUCAGUUCAGCAAUAUUCUUGGGAUGUCUGGUGUGAAUCGCUUUCUUGAGGUCAUGCCACAGCAUCUCAAUCGGGUUGAGGUCAGGACUCUGACUGGGCCACUUCAGAAGGUGUAUUUUUUUCUGUUUAAGCCAUUCUGUUGUUGAUUUACUUCUAUGCUUUAGGUCAUUGUCCUGUUGCAACACCCAUUUUCUGUUGAGCUUCAGCUGGUAGACAGAUGGCCUUAAGUUCUCCUGCAAAAUGUCUUGAUAAACUUGGGAAUUCAUUUUUCCUUCGAUGAUAGCAAUCCGUCCAGGCCCUGACGCAGCAAAGAAGCCCCAAACCAUGAUGCCCCCACCACCAUACUUCACAGUUGGGAUGAGGUUUUGAUGUUGGUGUGCUUUGCCUUUUUUUCACCACACAUAGUGUUGUGUGUUUCUUCCAAACAACUCAACUUUGGUUUAAUCUGUCCACAGAAUAUUUUGCCAGUACUGCUGUGGAACAUCCAGGUGCUCUUGUGCAAACUGUAAAGUGCAGCAACGUUUUGUUUGGACAGCAGUGGCUUCCUCUGUGGUAUCCUCCCAUGAAAUCCAUUCUUGUUUAGUGUUUUACGUAUUGUAGAUUCGCUAACAGGGAUGUUAGCAUUUGUCAGUGACUUUUGUAAGUCUUUAGCUGACACUCUAGGAUUCUUCUUUACCUCAUUGAGCAGUCUGCGCUGUGCUCUUAGUCAUCUUUACAGGACGGCCACUUCUAGGGAGAGUAGCAGCAGUGCUGCACUUUCUCCAUUUAUAAACAAUUUGUCUUACCGUGGAUUGAUGAACAGCAAGGCUUUUGGAGAUACUUUUAUAACCCUUUCCAGCUUUAUGCAAGUCAACAAUUCUUAAUCGUAGGUCUUCUGAGAGCUCUUUUGUGCGAGGCAUCAUUCACAUCAGGCAGUGCUUCUUGUGAAAAGCAAACCCAGAACUGGUGUGUUUUUUUUUUUUUUUAAUAGGGCAGGGCAGCUGUAACCAACACCUCCAAUCUCAUCUCAUUGAUUGGACUCCAGUUGGCUGACAUCUCACUCCAAUUAGCUCUUGGAGAUGUCAUUAGUCUAGGGGUUCACAUACUUUGUCCACCUGCACUGUGAAUGGUUACAUGGUGUGUUCAAUAAAAACAUGGCAACAUUUCAUUCUUUGUGUGUUAUUAGUUUAAGCAGACUGUGAUUGUCUAUUGUUGUGACUUAGAUGAUGAUCAGAUUAGAUUUUAUGAGCAAUUUGUGCAGAAAUCCAUAUCAUUCCAAAGGGUUCACAUACUUUUUCUUGCAACUGUAGAUGUAUUUCUUCUUGAUUGGGAAGUUGUCUCAAUUUAUUACUUUUGCUGCUGUUUAGGUUAUGCUGAGCUUACAGCAGAGAGCUCAGAAGCGUGCCAGUUACCUCUUACGAUUGGAAGAAAUCAGUCCCUGCCUUGCUGCAAUGACAAACACCGAAAUCGCCCUACCGGGAGAAGUGUCAGACAGGGACACAAUUACAAUUCACAGUGUGGGGAGCACAAUAACAAUACUGCCGACUAAAACAAAACCCAAAAAAUUCAUCUUUUUGGGUUCAGAUGGAAAAAACUACCCCUAUCUCUUUAAAGGUAACUCGCUGUCUUUAUUUUUCCACUUACUUACUAAUUUCAGCUUUCUAAUUAUUUUGAUGUUUUGGCCCUUUAAUUAAGGAACUAUUACAAUAUGCAUGCCACAGGACUGCUGUGGUUUUAAUGCAGCCUUCGUGCUUGAUCUGUAGUUUUCCCUAGAAGGAUAAGAAACUUGUUCACUGUACACGAGUGUUGGAUGUGAUGACUUUAUUAACUCUAUAACACUUUAUUUUUCUUCACUUAAAGGUUUGGAAGACUUGCAUCUCGAUGAAAGAAUUAUGCAAUUUCUCUCUAUUGUAAACACCAUGUUUGCAACAAUUAAUUGCCAGGAGUCUCCCCAUUUUCAUGCAAGACACUACUCAGUCACACCUCUGGGCACUCGAUCUGGGCUCAUUCAGUGGGUUGAUGGAGCUACCCCUCUCUUUGGCCUUUACAAACGGUGGCAGCAGAGGGAAGCUGCUUUACAAGCACAGAAGGUAUAGUUUGUGAAUUCCAUAUUCUAAACCUAAGAUAGCAUUAUGGGGCUAAAUAAACUACAUUCCUAAUUCAAAAAGACUUACAGAUUUGAGCCAUACCCUUCCAUAUAUGAAAAUAUUGUAAUCACUGCCCCUGUUAAACACAAUCUAUUUCAAAGAGUACAGUUCUUCACAGAACAUUUUUCUAAAAUAGAAAUUAUUACUAUCCAAUAAAUAUUACAUUUAUAGGGAAAUAUGCAGUUUUUGAGUUUUAUAUACCAAUGUUUCCUUGCAGGCUCAAGAUUCCUAUCAGACUCCCCAAAAUCCUGCCAUGGUCCCACGUCCCAGCGAGCUGUAUUACAGCAAAAUUAGCCCUGCCCUUAAGGCAGUAGGUAUGAGCUUGGAUGUGUCCCGUAGGGAUUGGCCUCUUAACGUCAUGAAGUCAGUACUGGAAGAACUAAUGGAAGCUACACCACCGAACCUCCUUGCUAAAGAACUAUGGUGUUCCUGUGCAACACCUGACGAAUGGUGGAGAGUUACACAGGUCUGUUUUGCCGUACCUCGAAUAUGCCUUAUAAAGUUCUUCCAUCCUUGAUUUCCUAAUGAGGGGGUUUGGGUAUUUUUGUAUUUAAUAUUUUUAGGUGAUGCUAAAAUAAGAGAUGCUCUGUCCAGUUUGAGAAUUUUAUAAAAAUAAAAUCUUUAUGAAUUGCUCAUAUUUGUAAUUUCUGGUGGGGGAUUUAUUUACUGAUGUGUAAUAAUUUGGAUGGGGGCGUCAUUCCAAUCAUUAGUGAAGUCUAAUAAUGUUACUCUGAUCUGAAAAACCAUUAUUGAUUGGAAUUCCAACACAAGCAAAAUCUAAUAAAGCAGAAUAAGCUUCUGCUUUCAAAUUAUUUACCAACAGCCAUGGAAACUGCAUGUUAUUGCACAUUUAAUUUUACGGAGACCCGUGGGACCUUACACGGACUUGUUAUACUGUUGUGCUCGAAUGCAACAGUGGCAUAGUUUUCUAGCAGAUAAAGACUUAUGUCAUUUUAUUCCUCCUAAAAUACUGUAGUAUAAUUUUUGAUUUUUUUUUAAAAAUCUAAUAUAAACCACAAUUUUACAAAGAUUACGCUAAUGUGUUCUAGAUGCAGUGCUAAAUGUAGAAAUUUGAUUUACAAACGAUGACAUUACAGCUGCUAAUUCUUAUUUACUUGACUUUGCAGUCCUAUGCCAGAUCCACAGCUGUGAUGUCAAUGGUUGGCUACAUCAUUGGCCUUGGAGAUAGACAUCUGGAUAAUGUUCUCAUUGACAUGACAACUGGUGAAGUCGUCCAUAUCGAUUACAAUGUCUGUUUUGAAAAAGGUGAGUUAAUCAUGUUACCGAGUAAUACUUAGUUAAGGGUGGUUCUAGUUGUUGUUGAAGUUUAAAAAUAUGAAUCUCAUUUUUGCUCAAUAAAAUUGCUGUUGAUUUACACAGGAAAGAGUCUCCGGGUACCAGAGAAGGUCCCAUUCCGAAUGACACAGAAUAUUGAGAGUGCGCUGGGAGUAACAGGAGUGGAGGGUGUUUUCCGUCUUUCUUGUGAACAGGUAAAGUGCCCACUUGCUUUUAAAGUGUCAUUUGUAAAAUCUUGUCUCCUGUUCCGUUUUGUGUAAGUAUGUGCAAGCACAUUUGCUUAGGUAGUAACACAAGCUAUAUUAGUCCGAGUAGAGCAGUUACUAGCCCACUCAAUGUUGGCUCUUACUCCUCACAGGCAAGUGGUCUAGUGAAAGUUUCUGGCUCUGUGGGUGCUAAACUGUAAUGUAGAUCAGUAUAUAUUCUUGAAUGCCUAAUGUUUAACACAAAGGUAUCGUAUACAUAAUUUUAAAAAGUCAAGUUGUAAUAGGCAUUAAGUUGCUAUAGUGCUCAUCUAUAAUUAUUUGUGGUUUAUGUAGGUUUUGCACAUUAUGAGACGAGGCAGAGAGACACUACUAACAUUGCUUGAGGCCUUUGUAUACGAUCCCCUUGUGGACUGGACCGCUGGUGGAGAAGCUGGUUUUGCUGGUGCAGUGUAUGGUGGAGGUGGUCAGCAGGCAGAGAACAAACAAAGCAAGCGGGAGAUGGAGCGAGAAAUCACUCAGAGCCUCUUUUCUUCACGAGUAGCGGAGAUAAAGGUAACAAAUGAUUGUUCAAACUAGGUAUCUUGGGAUAGUGUGUCAAAUGCACAGUGGUCAGAAGCCUCUUUAAAAUAUGGUAGUAUUUAGACCUAGAAUCUGGUUUUAUGCUUUUGCCAGAAUUCUAUAUAUGCUUGGUUAUCCAACACAGAGUUCUCCCCAGGACAUAGUGUCCAGCAGUCCUCAAUUAUAUUAGCUUGUGGGAUAAAGUUGCUGUGAAAUAUGAUAUUGACCACCUUUCCUUAAAUUUUUCCCAUACUACAAAAUAGGGAGUUUCCUCCUCGUGUUUGUGCACAGGAUAUUGCUGUAACUGAAAACUCUGAUAUAAACACCUUUAUCAAGAUUCCUCUUUAGAAAAAAGUGCAACAUCUAUUUCCUAGCACUAUAUCCGAUAUUUCUCAUGUCUGGUAGCUGUCAAAUUGGCCGUGCAUGAAGCCGCACAUCCAAAAGUAUGGGGAGACCUUACCUAUACUACUCAUUUGAAACGAGAUUUGGGGGAGAAGCAGGAAGGUGCGGGUCUGGGAGAACAUAUGAGGUAUCACCCACAGUCUCGGUGUAUGUGGGCCUAUGAUAAUAAAUAUGAUAUAUGAUGUGGUGAUGGUAAAAAAAAAAUCAUGGUGCUUGGAUUCUAAACGUGCAGCGUUUUUGCUGUAAUUCUACCUCAGGCUCUAUCGUUGGGGUUUUGGGCAACCUGAUACAAGGGUUCCAGGUGGCUAAUGUUUUUUCUGUGCAUAUUGGAAGUCUGAUGUUGGCACGCACAGCAUAUUGGGAACGGGCCUUGCUCUAUUUUAGUAAAUGUGUUUUACAUUUUUUUUCCUGAUGCCAUUGUGCAACAGUAUGCAACUUCUGAGAACAGUAUUUUUGUUGAAGAAUCACAUCACAUAUCUUGGCACUCUAGUGAGCCUGUGAGUUUAACUUCUCAAUAAGUGCAUGCCUGUGUUUUUGUAUAUGGAUAUAGAAAUGUGUAUCUUGAAACAGGCCCAAAUGGGUCGAAAUGUUUGAUCGUUUUUAUUUUGAAUGUAAUUCACCUAUUUGGAUUACUGCUUUAUUUCAUUCCGGCAAGUUCACUUCAUCUCUGGGGAUGUCUUUCGAUACAGGUUGGCAUCCAAAGAAGGUUUAUCUUGAAUACUUGUAAAAGAGUGCCAGACUUUGUUGUUAUUAUAAUAUAUAUAAAUAAAUAUAUAUAAUAUAAAUAUAUAUAUAUAUAAUUAUUUAUUUAUUUUUGCAUAGAUUUGUUUCCUAUAGAAACUGACAGUUUAUUUUUACUUGCCAGGUGAACUGGUUCAAAAACAAGGAUGAAAUGCUUAAUGUACUUCCUAAAUUGGACACCAGUUUAGAAGAAUAUCUUAACCUGCAUGAUGAGCUGACAGAGGUGGAGAAACUGCAAACAAAACUAGUGGAAGAGAUGGAGUUCUUGGAAGGAGCCGAAGCCCCAGAUCACACUUCCCAUACACUGCAGCACAGGUUAGACUGCGAUCCUGCUCAGAAUGAGAACACUUGGCACUUACGCAAUUGCUUAUUUAAAUCUGGAGUUUGGAAAUGGUUUCAGAGUUGUUGCUUUGCAGUGAUUGGUAAUGUGUUUUAUAUUAAAAACUACUUAGUAGUUCUGUGGGAUUUAAAGGGCAACAAAAUGCUCAAAAGAGGUAUUUAAAGCAAAGCAAGGUACUACUUUAAAGAAAAUAGUUCUGGGUUUGGAGACUAGAACAGUCUGUCUCUUGAUAUGCUCCUCUCAAAUUCCUCUGUUAACCUGACAGCUGAUAUAGGCAGUAGCACCUUUGGGAAAGUUUUCAGUGUCUACAUUUCGAAGUUCAUUGCUUUGCAUUGUGACCUGUCCUGUUUGGUGUACAACUUUCAAUCACUAGAAGUAAAACAGGCCAAGCAAUAGUAUAUAUUCCUGUGAAACACCAACAGUUUCAGUAGUAUGGUUUAGAGUGGCCUUAAAAAUCAUCCGAGAUUUCAAGAUUAUUCCAUAGUUAUAAUCCUGUACCUCUCAUUUAAGCACUUUGUGAUAGAAUCUGGACAUUUCUGUGAAUCUCCACAUUUUUUUUAAUCAAUAUAAAGCCCAUUACAUCCUGACAUUGCUGAAGUAAACUUAAAGGGACACUAUAGUCACUUGAACAACUUCGGCUUAACCACUUCCUGACCGCGGAUGGAAAUUUUCCGUCACCCUUGUCCUUUAGUUAAGGACCGUUGAUGGAAAACUUCCAUCAUUUACUAAAGUUAAACCCAGAUCGCCGCGAUUGCGGGGUUAACACUGCUCUGGUCUGCCUCUGUAUUAGAGGCAGACCGGGAGCACCCGAUCAGGCUGCCCCAGUACGGGUGCUCACUCUGACAGGUUGUCAGAGCGAGCACAUGUGCUGUAUAUACUUACCUUCCGCCUGCCUGCACUUCCGGGUUCUGUGUGAAGUGCAGGGAGACGGAUCAGUGCUGCUGAUCUUCUCUCUGUGUAAAAAAAUAAAUAAAGUUAAAUCCCACUCCCGCUUUAAUAAAAUUAACCCCUUCCCUGCCAAUUGAUCAAUGACUACAAUGAUAAAUUGGCAGGGUAUACAUUUUAAUGUCAACUGAAUUUUUAUUUUAUUUUAACCCCUGAGGGUUAAUUUUAUUUUUUAUUUUUUUAACCCUCAGGGGUUAAAUUUAUUUUAUUAAUUUAAAUAUUAAAAAAUUAUAUAUUUAGCUAGCUGGGAUGGGUGGAAGUUAGUGGGGAAUUUGGUGUUAGGCUAACUAGGGGUUAACGUUAAAAAAAAAAAAGUUUUAAAAUAAGCUUUAAAAAGGUUAAAAAAAAAGUUUUUUAAAAUGUUUUAGUAACGUUUAAGUUAAAAAAAAAACACCCCCCUUUACCCAGUCUAAAUAAAAUUAACCCCUUCCCUGCCAGUUGAUCACUGCCUACAGUGAUCAAAAUACAGAUCACAGUAUUAUACUGUAAUCUAAUUUCUUUAAUUUCAAUAUUUUAUAAAUAUAUAUAUUUUGCUAGUUGGAGUGGGUGGGAGUUAUGGGAAAGGGGGGAAUUUACUGCUAGUUAGGGGUUAACCGUAAAAGUGUAAAAAAUACAUUACAAAAAAAAUACAUUAAAAAAUGCUCAUUACCACUACACUUGGUACAAGCUAGCGGAAAAAUUAUCCCACGCUAAGGUUCAAAAUAUGCCUUUUGAAUUGCCCUGGGAUGACUUCUUUAAGAAAUGGUAUGCCUUUAUGGGGUAAUUGGAUUAUAUAGCCUUGUAAAAUAUUCUAAAAUGGAACAUGGACACAGCGUAAAAAUUCAAAGUUUGAAAAGAACUGGAAUGGCUGUGUCCCAAAUGUGCCCCUCCGAUGUCCACAUAUACCAAGCAAAGGUACAUACGGGGGUAUUGCUGUACUCAGCCGACAUAGCUGAGCAACAUAUGAAGUAUUAUACAGUCGUAGCACACAUACGAUUUGCAAAAUAUACUGUGCAAACUCACUUUGUGUGUCAAAAAGGCAAAAAAAGCUUAUUACCACUACACUUGGUACAAGCUAGCGGAAAAAUUAUCCCACGCUAACGUUCAAAAUAUGCCUUUUGAAAUACCCUGGGAUGUGUUCUUUAAGAAAUGGUAUGCCUUUAUGGUGUAGUUGUAAUAUGUAGCCUGCUCAAGUGCUCCAAAGUGGGACACGGACGCAUCAAAACCCUCCAUGAAAAUUCACACUUAAAAACCUUAACUUGUCACGUCUCUUUUACAGCAGUGUAACUUCACAAAAUAGUGUCUAGGUCAUACAUUGGGCAUAUUGUUUUACUCAGAAGACUUAGCUGAGCAUAAUUUGGGGGUUUGAACUUAGUGGCACAUAUGAAAUGUACAAAAUGCCCAGCAAAAAUGUAAUCCGUAUGUAAAAAAUGCCCAAAAUUAUUUUUUACCACAUACUUUGGCAUAUAUUGGUGAAAAAAUGGGGGCAUGUUAAGGCACAAUAUGCACCAUAUGAGAUACCCUGGAGUGUCUACUUUUACAAAUGGUAGGCCUUUGUGUUUUUUGGUUUUUUUUGAACAGUCAAACUGCUAUAAUACCCCAAAUUGAAGCAUAGGCCCAUUAAAACCGCCUCUCAAAAUUCUACUGUAAAUGUUGAAACGGACAGGUCUCCUAUAUGGCACUGUAGCUUCACGAAAUAGUGCCAAAGACAUACAAUGGGGGUAUCGUUGUAGUCAGCAGAAGUAACUGAACACAAAAUAAAACUUUGUACAGGAAUAGCACACACCAACUUUACAAAAUACACAUGAGAAGUUCUUUGUUAUAAGUUUGUGUGCCAAAAACCCCCCAAAACAAAAUUUUACUCAAAUAUUUAGCAGAGAUUGGCGGUGAAAUGGCUACGUAGAAAGUGUCAAAACAACCUUAGGACAAUAGCCUGUGAUGUCUACUUUAUAUAAAUAUAUACUUUUGUGUGGCAAUUUUUUCUUUUAUGGCUAUUAAGCUUACAAGACAAACAUACCAAAUUCUAAAAUCGCUCCACAUUAAAAGUUUUCUACUACUUGUGCUUUGUGACCUGUAACUACCAAAAAAACCUUAAAAUCCCAGACACAUUAUAUAUUUUGUAAAUCAGAACAACUAAAUGAAUUUAUUUUUAAUUACUUUAUUUAACCUGCACUAAUUAGGCACACAUUAUUAUUAUUGCAAAAACUGUACAAAAAACACAAUUUCCUUUUCUUUUUUUUUGCAUUUUUCCUUUUUUUUAUUUUAUUUUUUUUUUAAUAAUAAAUAAGCAUUUAUAUAUAUAUAUAUAUAUAUUACAUCAAAUUAAAGCCCUUUCUUUCCUUUAAAAAAAAAAAAAACAGUAUAUAAUAUGUGUCGGUGCAAUAAACGAGAGAGAUGCAAAUUGCAGUUGAACGCAUACAGCAAGAAAAUGCACAAAUUGCUUGUCAUUAAAGGACCACUAUAGUGCCAGGAAAACAUAAUCGUUUUCCUGGCACUAUAGUGCCCUGAGUGUGCCCCCACCCGGGGGCACCCGGGGCAUUCAGCCGGUCACAUAGGAAAGCAUUCAUAAUGCUUUCCUAUGGACGCUUGCGUGCUCUCACUGUGAAAAUCACAGUGAGAAGCACGCAAGCGCCUCUAGUGGCUGUCAAUGAGACAGCCACUAGAGGAUUAGGGGGAAGGCUUAACCCAUUCAUGAACAUAGCAGUUUCUCUGAAACUGCUAUGUUUAUAAAAGAAUGGGUUAAGCCUAGCUGGACCUGGCACCCAGACCACUUCAUUAAGCUGAAGUGGUCUGGGUGCCUAGAGUGGUCCUUUAAGCGUAAGACAAGCUUCUGAAGCUGUGUCCUUAAGGGGUUAAUGAGGUUGUUCAGGUGAGAACUAUAGCUCCCUGCAGCCCUUUUCAUGUAAACACUGUAUUUUCUGAGAAAAUACAGUGUUUACUUUGAAAGCUAGCAACACCUCCAGUUGCAGUCACUCAGAGUGAACCUGAGGGACUUCUGAGUUGAUGGAGGCAUAAUAUCUGCUGUGCACGAGCAUCCUGUGAUUCAGUAUCUCCUCCCACUGCAUGCAGUCACUGAACUUUCCUCAUAGAGAUUCAUUGAUUCAAUUCAUCUCUAUGAGGAGAUGCUGAUUGGCCAGGGUUGUGUUUGAAUCAUGCUGGCUCUGCCCCUGAUCUGCCUCCUUAUCAGCCAAUCCUAUGGGGAAGCACUGUGAUUGGAUCAGGCUAUCACAUGUCAGCUGCUUGUUUUUCCAGAGUCUAACAGCAUGCAGAUUUACAACUUUUAGCUUAAAUACAGUAAGAUUUGUACUAUGUUUAUGGAGGCAUGAGGGGCCCAGGGGGGCUAGAUGGUCGUGUUAACACUAUAGGGUCAGGAAUACAUGUAGUUGCACUGGUGAUUAUAGUCUCCCUUUAAAGUAUCACACCCAGGGUGCAAAAAAAAAAAAACCCGCCCUCUGAAUUUUUUUAUUUACAGAUAAUCUGAUAUUUUAACCUCCAUACCAAUUUCUGAUAUUUUAACCUUUGACAAUUUCAGCCAACCAAAGUUAUCUUGUGUGUUUAAAGAGAGAUGCACUUGUGCACGUUAGAUUGAGAUGUUUUGAAAAGUACUAGGUCUGUUUAGUGCGUGCAAAUGCCAAGGUAUUUUUUCCGCCCUGUUUUCGUAGUCUGUUUGCACAAUUUGUUGGUUUCACAAUGCAUAGUACGUUGGCUCAGUUGACUUAACAUAACCUAAUGUAAAUAUGGAUAAACGUUAUUCAGGUGCUUGGAAUGACCCUUUAAAUGUUGCGUCAUAAAAUGUUUUUUAUAUUUUGUUGUUUUUUUUUAUAUAUAGGUAUUCUGAGCACACACAGUUACAGACUCAGCAGAGGGCAGUCCAGGAAGCAAUCCAAGUAAAGCUGAAUGAAUUUGAGCAGUGGAUAACACAGUAUCAGGCUGCUUUCAAUAGUUUGGAAGCCACUCAACUGGCUGGCCUCCUUCAAGAGAUAAGCAGCCAAAUGGACUUAGGUAUUUCCUUACUAAUCUUGUUUUGUUUCAAAUAUAAAUCAAAUGAGGCUUUUGGUAUUGAGCUCUUGAUAGGACUAUUACUUUUCCUUUAAACAUUUAUAUCACGGAAACCUGUUUCUUACUGGCUGGUGCGUUCCUUUGAAAUGACAAAGCCCUGGUGCUAGGAGAUUUAAGGUCACGUACCUACCUACACAGGGUUAACAGUUAUUUCAGAUUCCCAAGAGUUUCAUUUAAUUUCAUAUGUUUUAUUAAUUGCUACAUUUCUGGUUUUUUUUUUUUUUUUGUCCUGUAACUUUAAUUUUUUAUGAAGGUCCUCCAAGCUAUGUACCAGCCACCUCUUUUCUUCAAAAUGCUGGCCAGGCACACCUCAUCACACAAUGUGAGCAGUAUGAAGGAGAAGUUGGUGCUCUGCUGCAGCAGAGACGUUCCAUUUUGCGUGGCUGCCUUGAACAUCUACACAACUACGCAACAGUGGCACUGCUAUACCCAAAGGCUGUGUUUCUGAAACACAGAAUUGACCAAUGGAAGACGUGGAUGGAAGAGCUUAUUUGCAACAUGACGGCAGAACACUGCCAGGAUAUCUGCAGGAAGUGAGUAGUAGAUCUGUAUAAAGCACCAAACUGAUAUGUCAGAACUCUGCUAGCUUUUACUGCUCUGCUGCUCUUGAAUGACUUUUUGUAUUUUAAAGAUCUAAAAACUUCCAAAGUGUGGAAAAAUAAAGAAAUGUUGGUCUUUUAAAGGAAUGGUCAGCUCACAUUUGUAUGUGUUUAUAAAACUUAAUAUUUAUCAAAGGAUAAAUCGACUUGUGGUAUUUUGGUAGAAAACUUUUCUUAGUGUCUUGCAUUUGUAAGAUGAAUUCCAUAUAGUUCCUGUGUCGUUUGUGAGACUGCACUCUUACCUCUGUAACAGUCCUCUGUGCAUUGGACAUGGGUAGAAUUCUGCCUGUAUUUAAUUCUGAGUUAAGCUGCAAGAGUAUCAGCGCACUGGUCAAAUGUUCACACUUCCAAUACAUAUAUGCAUGGUUUUUAUUGGAAAUGCUUCCUAAAAUCUGUGAAGCUCUGUGAUCCCAGACUAACUCGCUGCUUCCAGUGAUGCACAUUGUAGCCAUAAAAUAAUGUGCUUCGAAAUAUGUGUGUCAAUUGAGAGGUUAUCAUGCAUGCGAUAUUUUCAUUGUUAAUUUGCUGUCCAAGCAAACAUUAGUUUUGGUAGCGUUUACUGAUUUAAUGUGUACGCAGUAUUAACAAUGUAAGAGCAGCCGUUCAGUGGACACGUUUCUUAAUCUCUGUUCACUUAUGUUUUUCCAGGUAUGAAAUUCAGUAUGCUCCUCAGCCGCCCCAAACUGUGUGUCAGUUUAUCUCUGCAACAGAGCUGGCGCUGCAGCGUUAUGCAGCAGAUACCAACAAUAGACUUUUGAGACAAGUGGAACGGCUUAAACAAGAGGCUGUUUCACUUCCCGUUUGCGAGGACCAGUUGAAAGAAAUAGAACGUUGCAUCAAAGUAUUCCUCCAUGAGAAUGGGGAGGAAGGUUCUCUAAGUCUUGCAAGUGUUGUCAUCUCGGCUCUGUGCUCUUUGACUAGGUUUGUCCUUGUGCUGGCCUGUGUAUACUUAUGACUGAAAAUAUCUUAAAUUUAAAGAAACUUCAUUCUUGUUUUUUGUUUGUGUUUUUUUUUUUUAAUCAGAUUUUAUAUAAUUUUAAAUGUUUUUUGCUAUUUUUACUUCCUUUAAAUACUCAUGUUUAUUCUGUAUUGUUGAAUCUCUAAACACCACCAUGCACUUUUAUCUUGUAGGCGUAAUUUAAUGAUGGAAGGUGCUGCAUCCAGCGCUGGCGAGCAGCUGGUGGAUCUUACUUCUCGAGAUGGAGCCUGGUUUUUAGAGGAGCUCUGCAGCAUGAGCGGAAAUGUUACAUGCCUGGUACAGUUACUGAAACAGUGCCAGCUUGUUCCUCAGGAUCUAGAUAUCCCCAACCCAAUGGAGACAUCUGAAGCUGUACAUCUAGCUAAUGCUGUGUAUACCACUCUUCAGGUAAAUCUAGCUGGAUCUUUAACAAACUACACGUGCAAGAUUUAAGUCUUACUGCUUUAAAGACAAAACAAUUAUUUUAGGAAGGUGACACUUUAAAAAAAAAAAAAAAAUUUUUUUCCUCCCCUCUUUUUAAAGGAAUUAAACUCAAAUUUCCGUCAGAUCAUUUUUCCUGAAGCUCUUCGCUGUCUAAUGAAAGCUGAACAUACUUUAGAAAACAUGCUUCAAGAGCUGGACAAUCUCAUUGAGCAAACUACCGAUGGUACUUCCCUUCAGGCCCUGAUUGACUCUCUUCAAGCUUAUCUGCGCAACAUUGGCAUGGGAUUGGAAGAUGAAAGCAAUAUCCAAUACAUUGACAUUGCAAGGUACACUUCAAUAGUUCCUGUGUUCAAUCAGCGCUUUCUGAUUGAAUACUUUCACAGGAAGCACUGGCAGUAGAUCAGUUACUAGCACCAUUGGUUUGAGUAGGAGCUGUGUUUAAAGGAACACUAUAGCGUUGGGUAUACAAACCUGUAUUCCUAAUGUUUUAGUGUAAUAUUACCUAUUGAUAUAUCAAUGAGAUACAUUGACUCAGCGCAUCUCUGAGCAGUGUUCAGUGUUUCUAUGCAGAGCGUGAAGACGCUGAACGUCGUACCUACAAUCUGUGCGGGGCCAAACCCAGGAAGUCCCUCUAGCGGUGGCCAUAGACGGCAGUGUAUAUAUAGUCUUUUCUCAGAUAAGCCAGCGUUUACAAUGCUGGGGCUUUAGGGGGUAUGCUAUUUGUCCCAGAACUACUAUAUUAAACUGUAGUUGUUUUGGUGUCUAUAGUAUCCUUUUAAGAUCUGAUCUGUAAUGGACAUUGCAUAUUUUACAAUGCUGGUUUUCUUGCUUUAUUUUGUAGCACUGUUCAAUUGUAUUGUAGCACUUCAGUAUUAAAAAGAAAGGUGACUUGUGGUGCAGUAUUGCACAAUACCAUAUGAAAGCUUACUUCCUUCAUGCUCUGCUGCUGAUUCUGUAAUGGAUAUAUAUAUAUAUUCAAUAUCUAUAUAACUAUUAAGGAUGCUUUUCAAACGUAUCCACAACUGCAAACAAAUGCACACCAAAUGCACACCACAAAUAUCAAUAUCAAUGUUUUGCAUAACUGCUUGAUGCCUAUAACCCUUUCUGGAGAGGUCCUCCACCAUUAAUAUAUUAAAACAAAGUGUUUGUUUUUCUUUUUCUUUUUUUUUUCUUCAGAUCACUUCACUCACAGUAUGGAGAUUUAAUACAACCAAGGAAUGGAUCAGUGGAAGAUACUCCAAAAAUGUCAGCUGGCCAGAUGCUACUCGUUGCUUUUGAUGGGAUGUUUGCUCAAGUUGAGACUGCAUUUGGCUUACUAGUGGAAAAGGUAGAUAAUUUGUCAGUGAUCCUUUUAGAACUAUGGCCUUGAUUUUUAAUAGAUUUUUCAUUUUUGUGCAAGCUAAUGAUUACAAUCUGUUAGAAUUUUUUUUCCAGUGAUUUGUCUAUCAAAAUUCCCACAGACCUGGUGAUUUCUGUAGAUAAUUAGUUAAUUUGUGAUUAUUUGAAAAUCUUAUCCAAAAAAUAUGAAAUCGUGGCCUAUGUGACAACCUAAUUCAAAGGCCUUCCAUUUUUUUAUUUUUUUUGCAUGUUUGCAUUGUUAAAUAAAUGUCAUUAGUUGCCUUUGUAACAAAGUUCACUAAUAGAAUGUCUGUUUAUGCCUUUUGGUGAGGUUGAAAUCUUGUGACUCAAAUUUAGUCACAAUGAAAUUUGUUGAUAUUGGGGAAAGAGAUUGAUUUUGAGACUUCUUUGUCCAGUAGUUACGCAUACUGGAUCUUGGAUUCUGGUUAAGAUUGCAAAAAAUAAGGACAUACUUGAACAAUGCCUUACGAGGCAAAUGCAUUUAGUCAUGUCAUUCUGCUACUUAGAAGUGUGUUCUCCUGCGUUUUCUUUUUCCAAGUUGAAGAUAAUGGAGGUGCCACCAGCAUGGCGGAAAGUUGAUAUUAUCCGGGAAGCACGCAGUACACAAGUCAACUUCUUUGAUAAUGAUGAACUUCGGAGUGUUUUGGAUGAGAUAUUCUUUUUAAAAAGACUGCAGACUAUUCGGGAGUUCUUCAGAUUGUGUGGCACAUUCUCUCAAACCUUAUCUGGUAAUGAUCAUUUUUGUAUAUUUGUUUAUCUGUAUAUUCACCAGUUUAAAAAAAAAAAAAAUGUCUGUCACUUAACUGUCAGAUUUAUAAAUUAUUUUAGCAUUAACUACCUAUUUUAAACAAAUAGAGAAUAGUUAUGAAGAGCAAAUUACAGCAAAUGUGAAGAUUAUAUUAAAUUUAGCUAUUUCCUCCCCAUAACAAGUUGGUAGAGUAUUCUGUCCUUCAUAUGUCUAUAGUGUGUUAUUGCCCCACUAGGGAGGGUUAAAAACACUUCAAACACCUAAAUCACUUUAGCUUUCUGAAGUGCUUUGUGUGAAAGGUGUACUCUUGUUUUUCAUUUUGCAAAAAUUAGAAAGUUUCAAUAGAAAUUAAAUACGGACUAAGUAACAGCGCACAUAAAAUAAUCUGUUUUACAUGGCUACUUAAAAUCACCAAUGUUAGCAAACAAAUAUGCAGAUUUAGUUGCAUCAUAUGGCCAUAUUGUGUUAAGCCCAUCACUGUGUCACAAUACCCCAAUAUUGGUGGGUUCUACACAAAUUUUAAAAUGGGAGAUUAACAUGCUGACUACCAAUACAUACUGCUUAAACCGUUUUCAAAAACUCUCCUCAAAUUUAUGCUUUUCUGUGGCCACCUCCAAAUGGGCACCUACAGUGGGUGGGUGUGGUGCUCAGCCCAAUAGGUAUCUGGUCUGCAUUCUACACAGAAAAAAGGGGAAUUGAGGGGCAUGUUUCAGGUGUGCAUCCCCACUUUUCUAAACUAACCUUCUUACACCCCCUGGCUGUCAAUCAGACAACAGAUCUUGUGUCUUCCUGGUUUGGUUAGCUUAUAAGCGCUAAACUCAAGAGGCAGCAACUGCUCAGAGCACCUGCCUUGCAAAGACUUCUCAUUGAGCUGCUUUGGGAAGUCUUUGAACAACCACAGAAAAUCUGGUCUGGGUUAAAAGGGGAGGGUUUGCUAAGGGUCUGCAGACAAGAGAUCUACAGUUUUGCAUGCUGUUUUUAGAUAUACCACUGAUGUCGGGUGGGGGAUGCAUAAUUUAAUGCAUGCAUUUAAAAAAAAAAAAAUUUUUUUAUUCUUUAUUUUUUUUUCUUGUGCAUAGAUUAACAACAAGUGUGCAGUGCCACGACUGCAUAUACAGGCAAUUGCAUGACAUUUCAAUGUGUGGCAUUUUAGACAGCACAAUUUUUUUAUUUUUUUUUUGUAAUUGAGGGUAACAGACUAUUAGACAGUAGCAUUUUAUAAUGUAACACGCCAGACUAGAUAUGCAUAUAUCAAAACUUGUUGUGCUUGAGAUUGUGUGUGCGUAGCUUGUAUUUGAUGUGGUGUAUAGGCAUUGAAAGCACAGUAAGUAGUGUGACAGGUUAUUAUACUAGCAGAGGUGUCUUUAUAUUGUGUGAGGCAAGCUGGGGGGGGGGCAGGGCCCGGACCGCCAAUCCGAGGGAGUCUGGCUGGAUACCGUCGGGCAGGAUAGCGGGGCAGCGGCCGUCCACCCCACUCACCACCUGAGUAGGCCUCAUCCCAUGGGGACGACGUAUAUCUCUCCGAGGGACUGAAACGAAUACUGCGAGCCUCUCCCCGGGUCCAGUUCUUCUCCGUGUGCCAGCCCAUCACACUUGGUCGGCUGGAAGGAUCAGUAAGUCAGUUUUGGAGGCCUAAAAAGGCAGAAAGUUGUCUGAGCCGUUGUUCCAUGCGACCAGCCAGCAUGGCGGCUAGGCCCCGCCCCCCAUGCAUUUUUUUUUAAUUGCAUGUAUGUCUACUAAAUACUGAUUGUGCUUAUUUUUAAAAGGAUUCUCUAGGGUUAAAACCCCUUCAGAAGCUUACCUAAAUCCAGCGCGAUGUUCCUCGGCCCUCUGUCAGGCUCUGCCCACGCUCCUCCCCUGCCGGCAGGGGAGACCUAAUGCGCGUGCACGGCAAUGGCCAUGUUCGUGCAUUAGACCUUCCCAUAGGAAAGCAUUAUUCAAUGCUUUCCUAUGGGGUUUCCGGCUAAGCUGGAGGUCCUCAUGCAUAGCGCAAGGACGUCCAGUGUCGUUUACACGACCCAAAGUCGUCUAAGAACCGGAAGUCCCCCUAGUGGCGGUCUGGUAGACAGCCAUCAGAGGAGGACCUAAGCCUGCAAGGUAAUUAUUGUGGUUUAUAAAAACAGCAAUAAUUACACUUGCCAGGUUUAAGGGUCAUGGGAGUUGGCACCCAGACCACUUCAAUGAGAUGAAGUGGUCUGGGUGCCUACAGUGUCACUUUAAUGCAAUGGAGUGUCUCUCUAAAAUAAAUAGGGUUAGCUAUAUCCUCCACAAGAUCUCCAGCUCUGAGAUAAAGAUAAGCAGCACAGAACAAGCUUAUACAUUUUAGAACUGAAAAAAGUAAAUGCACAUAAACUCUGACCACAUAGAUAAGGUAAAUGUUACGUUGAACACCAUUUCAACUGCUAAAAAAAAAAAUCUGUGUAUGCAUGUUUUCGUGCCAUGGUGUUUUACAGGGUUAUUCACUAAAAGCAUUACUUUACAGAGAGGGUAGUGGACGCAUGGAAUAGCCUUCCAGCUGAAGUGGUAGUGGUUAACACAGUAAAGGAGUUUAAGCAUACGUGGGAUAGGCAUAAGUCUAUCCUAGCUAUAAGAUAAGGCCGGGGACUAAUGAAAGUAUUUUGAUAUAUUGGGCAGACUAGAUGGGCCAAAUGGUUCUUAUCUGCCGUCACAUUCUAUGUUUCUAUAAGUUUGGGUCAAAUUAGAAAAAUUCUCCAAGUCAGCCAUGUUUUCAUUUUGGCCUUAGAUUAUUUUCUUUGAAUUCCCAUCACUUUUCACUUUAGUGAGUAACCCUGUUAGUUUUGUACACAACUACAAGCCCUGAUAUGAAGCAACUCAUUGUAGAAUGCAGUUCUGCCAAUCCUUGAGCAGACAGGAACCAUUGUCAUGGUAAACCAGUGGAUGAGGAUGUUAAUAAGGUGCUAACCGCAGGGCGUGAUACAGUGUGGAUUCUCUCGCCAUUGGACGAUUUUCAAGGGUUUUGUAGAAAGGAGUAGAUUAUGAAAAAAAGCUAGAGGCUUAAUACAUCACAAUCUGUCUGAUUUCAUGGGCUUAUAAUUUACUUUCUCAAACUGAGACUCAAGCGUGCAGCUGCCUUGACAAAUAUCAUUAUUUUUAAAUUAUAUUGCAAAUGUAAUUUUAUUUAUUUAUUUUUACAGGGAAAUGUUCUCUUGAUGAUCAAAAUCCAGUAAAUGGCCCUGUGCAGUUGCUUAAUGUUAAAGCUCUCUACAGGAAUACUUGUCUCAGUGAAGAUCAAAUGUCCAAACCGAUCAAGGCAUUUACUGCUGAUUUUGUCAGGCAGCUCUUGAUUGGUCUUCCAACGCAGGCUCUGGGGUUAACACUCUGUAGCUUCAUCAGCACCCUAGGGGUUGAUGUCAUUGCCCAAGUUGAAGCAAAGGACUUUGGAGCCGAAAGCAAGGUUUCUGUUGACGAUCUCUGCAAAAAGGCAGUGGAGCACAACAUUCACACUGCAAAGUUUUCCCAGCCGGUAAUGAACAGAGCCACUGUCCUAGCCAGUUCGUAUGACACCGCUUGGAAAAAACAAGAUUUGGUCAGACGCCUUGAAACUAACAUCGCUUCUUGCAAAACCAGCCUGCAGCGUGUACAGUUGCACAUUGCAAUGUUUCAGGUAAUUAAUCCUAUUGUUUAUAAAUGUUUGUCGAAUCAUGCUUUUUUUCCCCCAUGCUGUGUAUAACCUAGCCUUCACACCUUUCUUUUUUCCUUAAUGCUCCUUUUAGGGGAUAUUUUUUUUUUAAAUCAAGUUUUAAACAUAUAUUUUAUAAUGGUCUUGCCUUAAAUAAUUAUCUGUGCAUUGGAGAAUGUCAGGGCCUGGACAAAAUGUGCUUUUGGUGUGGACUGCCUUUAUUAUUAUAACCCAUCAUAUCUGACAAUUAAAAUGUUUCAUGUGCUCUCACAAGUGAGCUGAAUUUCACUUGCACCCAUAGCAAAAUUCACUUUGCUUUAGAAGAGAAUCACCGACCCACUAGUAUCCUUUAUCUGUAUUUGCAUAGUGGCAACACGAGGAUCUACUUAUCAACCGGCCACAGACGAUGUCCGUUACUCCUCCACCUCGCUCUGCCAUUCUAACCAGCAUGAAGAAAAAGCUCCACGCUCUUGGACAAAUUGACUCUUCUAUCAUAGCAGUCCAGGUAUUGUUACACAUUGGAUCUUUGUUUUGGAAAAGAUAUGGCUGCUAGAGCCAAUAUAUUUAGUUCUUUUUUUUCUUUGUUACGACUAGGUUAAGUAUAGCUAUUAUAACACUAUUCUAUGAUGAGUUGUUUUUUUUUUAAAUUCUGUUUGUAGAUUUUCAUUUUUUAUAUAUAUUUAUAUUUUUUCCCCUCAGGUGUACAUAUCUUAUAAUUUGGUGUUUAAAUGGAACUGAUUGUUUGGAACCAGGUCGGGAAGGCUUUUAGGGCUUCCUGCUCCAUAGAUUCUGGCCAUAAACUAAUAUCAAUAGCUGUGUAUGAUUAGUUAAGAAUAAGUGAGAAUUUAAAGGGACUCAAAUCUGUUUCCUGGCACUGCAGAAUCCUGCAGUGCCCCUCUCCCUUACACCUCAUCCCAUGUAGCUGAAGGGUUUAAAACCCAUUCAGUGACUAACCUGAAUCAGGCUCCACCUAUCCCCCUUCCUGCCAGCAGAGGCCUAAUGUGCAUGCGCGGCAAUGGCAGCGCGCGCAUUACACAUCUCCAUAGGUAAGCAUUAUUCAUUGGCCUUAAAUUUCAAAUUAAUUUUCGAUUCUUACUAGUGAAUAAUCCUGUAAAAUGUGUCAUUUUCAAGGUAAACAACUAUACAAGCUGCCAUCUAUUGACACCACAGCUUUCUAGUCCUUUUACUUUUCUGACAGCAGAGUGAAUGUCAAACUAGACAGAAAUAGAGAAUAACAAUGUCACAUAUAUGCUUUGGUUAACCAAAUGGCUGGAAUGCUGUUCUUUAUAAUCACUGCAGGUACCAAGCCCCAUAUAUUGUACUAUAAUCUGUUGGAUCCGGAUAUUAAACACGUCAUUGAAUAGUGGAAUUAUUAACCCUUUGUACCUCAUUGCAUGUCUUAUUUUUCCAUUGCCACUUCAGCUGUAUUUGGAGUCAUUUCCUUGACCUGUGAAGUGCACAGUGACUUCAUGUUCUAGAGCAGGAUAAGGCAACCUUCUGCAUUCCAGCUGUCUUGGACUGCAUCCACCUGAUGCUUUACCAGAAUUUUGGCUGUAAGAAGUUCAUGGGUGAUGUAGUCCACAACAUCUGGAGUGCCGAACGUUGCCUACCCCUGUCAUAGUGAGGUAAUUUCUUAAAGAUAUCACAUGUUUUCAAAUGUCUUUUUUUUUAUUUAUUUUUUUUUUAUUUUUUUUUAUUAAUUUUCAUAGCAUUUGAAAAGGUGACAGUGGGAAAGAGUACAAAAGAGAGAAACUUAUUUACUGAACUGUGAUCAUUGAAGGCCAAAAAAGCUGCAUUGGGCAAAAAAAUAUUUUUACUCUGCUAUUUUGGCAUGAAUUUUUUAAUUCAGUCUUUAAAUUUACCAUAAUCCACUGUGCAGGGAUAAUAACUCUUUUCUAUUUUGCUAUCAGGACAAACUGGCUGCUUUGGAAGCAAGCAUUGAGCAGCGCUUGAAAUGGGCUGGGGGCGCAAAUCCUGCCUUAGCACCAGUCCUUCAGGACUUUGAGACCACCAUUGCAGAGAGAAGAAAUUUUAUACUCAAGGAAACCCAGAGAACAAACCAGGUGAACACAGCUUUCACUUUUCAUUGUAAAUAUUCCUAGGUCUCCUACAGAGUGUGCAAAUUCUCCCUUCCUUUUGUUUUGCCAGGUCACAUUUUUGUGCAGCACGAUCCUUCAUUUUGAAAGCUUACGCACGCGAACAGCAGAAGCAGUUAGUUUGGAUUCUGGAUUAUUUGACUUGAUCAAGCGUUGCCAGCAGAUGUGCUCCUUUGCGUCCCAGUUCAAUAGCUCCGUGUCCGAUCUUGAACUACGUUUACUAAAGAGAGUGGUUAGUACAUCAGAAUGCCAGCUAUUGCUACAAUGUUUGUUUUAAUGGGAUGAUAUAAUUUAAUUAAAAAAAAUUAACAGGCUACAUACAUCCUGUUAAAUCGUCCAUUAGCACAAUUAACCGCUGUAUACGCAGAGCAAAAAAAUCUCUUUAAACCUAUUAUAAUGCACAUAAAAUGAGAACCAAUACACUUGCAUGAAAUACAGUUACAAUGUAUAUCGGCAUAUUGUGUCUUAGGUGUUUUCAUAAACAUAGAUUUUAGAAUCAUUUUUCCACCAUUGUCCACUAAAUUGACAUUUCUAACUUGAAAUUGGGUUUCUAUUGAAUUCAUUAUGAACCUGACUUUAAAAAAUUCUGCAUACCCAUUAGUGUAGAAUUUUUACAAGGAACCAUUACAGGUUUGAUCGUUGGCAUAAUGCUUUUUGUCUUAGGCCAGCUCUAAAUUUUAAAGUAUGUCGUUUUGCAAUAUUCACAUUUUAACUUACUUUUUCUUCGGUUUUGCACUGUCAUUGUUGACCCACCGUGAUUCACUCUUAAGUGAAUAAAUCCUAAAAUGUUUUGGUCUAUUUUUAUAAAAAAAAAAAACUUGCAAUAUUGACUUUUCAUAGGAAUGUCUACAUUUUUGUCAUUGUGGUUGUCUACAACUUCUUCAAAGUAAAUCCUUGUCACCAUAUUCCCUGAAUUGACGUGUCUGCUGUGUUUAGAUAUCUUAAUUUAAGAAAAAAGACUAAAAAUAAUGUGUUUUGAGCUUCUGCCAUAAGUUACCAUUUACUGUAAUGAUGUUGCAGGGACCCUGUGGAGAGAACGCAAUUGGAAGCCCUGAGUGGCUGGUUUCUGCUCACAAGCAACUGAGCCAUGAUAUGUCAAGCCAGCGAAACCUACAGAGUGAGAAGGAUCAGCAAAUAGAAACCGUGUGUGAAACCACCCAGAAUCUGGUGGACUGCAUCAAGACCAUAUUAACUAGUCACAACAAACAACUUGGAGAUGUUAAACACCUACUUAAAGCCAUGGCAAAGGUUAGAUUAGCGUUGUAUACUUGUCCUUUUUUGAAAAGGUUACAUUUUUAGAAAAUCCAGUCCGUUUUGAGCAUUGCUCUAUUAUCGGUCUUGUAGAAUGACUUCUGGUAAAAGCCAUUGGGUCCAUCUCCUCUACCACUGCCAUUCCUGUGUUGAAAACCUUGAAUACUACUUGGUGCUUUCCUGUCCCUGUUCCUCGCUAUGCCUCCCUAGGAGGAGUUAAAGUUGGAUAGGGAAAGCUCAUUUACGGAGGACGCUGAGGAUUUUGUUCACAUUUGGUUUAUGACAGGUGAAAGAAGACUCUUGAUCCGAGAUAUAAGGAUCCAUAAUUCAUUAUAAUCUUAUCCGUCAUCCAUUGUGGAGAAUCACAGGUGGUUUAUCACCCAAGUAAUGCAGCAGUGUGUCACUAAGUCGAUAGAUGGCUUUAUUUUUCAUCUUCCAGAUUAACACGUGCUAAAUAAUUUAUCCUAUAACAUUCAGACCCUGUGUAGAAUUCAACCCACCUAUGCCACCAGUGGCCAUGAUUUCUGGGUAGAUUGAUAUUCUCUAAAUAUAAGCAUAACCGAUAAUUUGUAUCUUGCACAAUUCCAAGAGCCAUGCACUAAGUUUGUGAUUCUUUGUGUAAAGUAUGUAUCUAUAAUACUGCCGCUUUCUCUGUACGUAUGUUCCACAGUUAGGAGAUGCAUGUCAACAUGAUGCUUUUGUUUCCGUAAUACAGGAAAGAAAGUAAGAUUUGUGUUUACUAACAAUUUGUUUCCUGAAGUAGUGCACUUCCUGUUUUCUGAAUACUCGUUCAUUUUGCUUCAGUUUGUUCAUAACUAUGUUCUUCAACUCCAUUUUCAUUGUGCUUUCUCCUUCUUCUUUCACACUCGCCCAUUAUGGGUAAAAUUGGGAGUAUGUGAGUGGAGUCGCAAAAAAGACUGGUAGCAAAAGCCUGGAAUACUAUUGGUAAAAUACAGAUUUAUGUACUGUUCUACUCUCGAUGCAAAAAUAAAUGGCACUUUGGACAUAUAUUAUAUAUCUAUAUAAAAGUGCCAUAUGACCCUAUAGUAGGAACUGGGUUUGCUCAUUUUGCAAGUUGUGUUUUUAUAUAUUAUUUUAUUUUAUUUUUCCACACUGGCAAAUGUUUCACAAAUUUGAAUUAAUAUAUACAUUUAUGUAAUGUGUGCAUUCAUUUUUUAAAACGAUAUUUUCUAUAUCGCUACUGUUUCUUUUAAAGGAUGAGGAAGCUGCCAUUGCAGAUGGUGAAGAGGUGCCCUAUGAGAGCAGUGUUAGACAGUUUUUGGGCGAGUACAAGUCAUGGCAGGACAACAUUCAGACUGUUCUCUUUACCUUGGUUCAAUCCUUGGGUCAGGUUCGCAGCCAGGAACACAUUGAAAUGCUGCAAGAAAUCACUCCCACCCUGAAAGAGCUAAAAAAGCAAAGCCAGGGGUAAAUAGUAGUUUUGACUAUAUUUACAUUGUCAUGGUGCUUGAAGAUAUAGAUAUAUUAAUUUAUUAUCUCUUUCCAGCAUAUACAACAACCUGGUGAGUUUUGCCUCCCCUUUGGUGACAGAUGCAGCAAAUGAAUGUGCAAGCCAGACCACAUCAUCUACAUAUCUACCCAGUUUUGCUGCAGGUAAGGCCAUAUACUGAUCAAGCUCAGAACAGUUGUUUGAUGUAUCAAUUCUAUUAUCUAUGACUGACAACUCCUAGAAGCCAGGGAACCAAGGCUACUGGGACUAUUCCUGCUAUUGUCUGUCUUCAGUUAAUUCAGAUCUCUGCAGAUUUCUGCUCCCCAUUUUCCUUCAGCUAUUUUUCUUUCCCUAUCCCUCUUGCAUAUUUCUCAUGUCUAUCCCUGCCCAUACAUCUACAUACUCAUUCUCUAGUAGGGUUGGUAGGGGUUUUUGACAGUGUGUGUAAGCAGGUUGGGAGGCAGUAUGUGACCGUAUGGGUACAGUUAGGUGACAUAGCAUUUUGGUGGUUGGUUAUAUUUGCCUGGGUGAUUGUUGUAGGAUCCGUAGUGAAAAGGACUGGUAGGACUUCUAAAUCACAGGGAGGAGAUGGGAACACAAAACUGCAUACUAUAGCAUCCUUUGGCUCCUAGUCUAAGCUGCGGCACAUUGGCUGUCUAGCUUGGAGAGUUGUAAAGGAGAAGCCAGUGUUGCCACAUUUAUAGCAAAUUAGUGUACCACCGCAGCAGGCUUAAUAACUUCUUUCCCUGAUCAAACCUGCAUUUAACAUCCGCGUCCUGCUUCUCCUGCAUUGUUGUGGACCACCACCAAGCUUUUACUCUCUUGUAAAUAGGACAUAAAGAAAAAGGUGUAUUUGCUGUUUGUUGCUAUAGUAACUACCCCAGGAUACUGUUAGUUUACUAUGUGCAAGCACUCUUAAUUUGCAAGUUACCUUUGGUAUUGGCGUACAUUUGACUCACCAGAUUUUUCUGGAAUCACAUAUGCCAUGCUUAUAGGUAGGCUUUAUUGCUUAAAUGUACUUGAAUUCAGAAUAUAGAAUGUCUUUAAGAGAACAACUGAAAGUAGUCAAUAUGUUAACUUGUCUCUUUCUGUUUACACCUAGAUGAGUCAGGCAUCAUUUUUAGUCAGAUAGCGAGAGGUGGUAAGUUCUUUUUACUGACUAGCGAGGAAAGCAGGAGCAUCUUAGCGUUUAUGAUUUCCAAUUGUAAUGGUUUUUUUAAACUAAUUAUGCCAUAAAUGUUAGAUUCUGCAAUCUGUCAUUUAACAGUUUUUUUCAGCACAGUGUGUUGUCCACCUUUCUGUUAUUUGAGGAGUUAAAAAACAGUAAAGGAAAACGUAAAUCAAUAGGGUUUUUUUUUUUUUUUUUUCUUACAUCUUCAUUUCCCUUCAUAUCCAAAGCUGUUCGUAGCAACACUGUUCAGAAGACACAGUCAGAAGGCAUGUCUCAGAAUACAAAAAAGCCAAUUCAGAAAAACCUGGCACCAUCAGCAAAUACUCCACCAAGCACCCUUCCAGGCCCUGGCAAGAGCGUUGCUUCAAGUCCUAAAAAGGCAGUUCGAGAUCCUAAAACUGGCAAAGGUAAGGCACUUAGCACAUGCUAAUUAAUCUGUUUAGUUAAAGAGCUUUGUCUUCCCAGAAUCGAUGUAUCAAGCAUGCUAUAUAACAGUCUGUCCAGAAUGCUGACCAGCUUUAUAAUGACACUUAAAUAAUUAUUAUUCAGUUGGGUUAAUUCUAUAGUGAAUAAAAAAAUAAUAGAAGAGGAAAUAAUAUCUUGGUUAAAUAAUGGAAGGAAAAAACAGAAUGGUCUAAUAGCAAUGUGUAUCUCCUAAACGACUAGUAUUAAAACAGCACAGACUCUAUGCUGAAGAAUAAAAAAUGACGUGUAAAAAGACCAAAAUCUAGUACAUUUACCAGGAGUAGAUACAAAUGUAGAUAAAAGAAUAGCUCAAUGAAUAACAAAAUAGCAGCAGACAAAAUUGUCUUUCACAUAUAAAUAGAUUUCAAAAUGCUGAAUAAAUCAGUAUCAGCAAACUAAAUAGUUUAAGGGGUAUAUAUCGACUAAACAGUGAGUAAUGUGAAAUGAAUAAAGUGCAGACAAUAGUUCUUGUACACACUACUCACCGUUUAGUCGAUAUACCCCUCAAACUAUUUAGUUUGCUGCUACUGAUUUAUUCGGCCUUUUUUCGAAUCUAGCAGCAGACAAAAUUGUCUUUCACAUAUAAAUAUUUAUUAAUUAAGCUAUACUUUAUCUACAUCUGUAUUGUAUCUACUCCUGGUAAUUGUACUAGAUUUUUUUCUUUUUACACAUCAUGGGUUAAUUCUACAUUUAUAUAAUUUUCUACAUAUGAGGUUAUGCCAUUGUUUAUUGCCACAUAUUUUGACAAUUCAUUUAUAGAAUUGGCUCACCCCGUCUGGACACUACCGAAAUUUCCCUAGAUUGUUAAAAUAACUGAUUUUCAUCUGUUCUCUUUAAAUAUAUAUAUAUUUUUGGGAGUCUAUAAAUUGGUUAUAACCUAAAUGCUGUGGUACCAUUUUCAACAAUGAUACUAUAAUUGUAUUUAUAUUUAAAAUUAAAAAAAAAAAAAAAAAAAACUUCCAUGCAUUACUUUUUUUUUUAACAAGGGAGAAAUUGUUAUGUGUCUUUUUGUCUACACAAUCCAUUUGUAACCUUCUGGGCCAUAAAAGCUAGCACCGCUACAUGAUACAAUUCUUGUAAAGAUGGCCUUGUCUGAGUAAGGAAACAUUGCAGUGUUUAAUGUUUUGUUUUGGGUUUUUUUCAUCCACCAAUCAGCUGUACAAGAGAGAAAUUCGUAUGCAGUCAGUGUCUGGAAAAGAGUGAAGGCGAAGCUGGAGGGACGAGAUGUGGACCCCAACAGAAGGAUGUCUGUUGCAGAGCAGGUAAACCAACUCUCCUGAGUAGAUUGUUGUUGUAAAUGGAUUCAAUUGACAUGUUUUGGAAGUCUACACAAUACAAACUUUGAGAACAUCUUCAGCAGAGGCGGCUCUCUAAUUAGGCAAUUUAGGCGGUCGCCUAAGGCCUCGCCUUAGGGCAGAUUGAACUGUCGGAUCUUCGGUCCAUGACAGAGGACCUGACCGUGAGAGGGGGACUUGGCGGGCUGCCCGUUAUGCCACUCUCACACACUGCCCCCCGCCCCACUGUCAAACACACUGCCCCCCGCCCCCACUGUCACACACCUUACUCCCCCACACUGUCACACACACACACUCUGCCAUGCACACGGUCACACACCCUGCCCCCUCAUGUGGUCACACACCCUGCCCCCUCAUGUGGUCACACACCCUGCCCCCUCAUGUGGUCACACACCCUGCCCCCUCAUGCGGUCACACACCCUGCCCCCUCAUGCGGUCACACACCCUGCCCCCUCAUGCGGUCACACACCCUGCCCCCUCAUGCUGUCAUCUUCCUCCUCACUGUCACCCACUCACACCCUGCCCCUUAAACUGUCACAUUCCUCCACACUGCUCCCUCACCCUGUUACCCUUUCACACACUUGCACUCCAUAUUGUCACCCCUCCCACACACUGCCCCUGCACACGGUCACCCUUUCCAACACUGCCUCCCAUACUCUCACUUACCCACCGUCACAAUUCCACGCACAUACAGACACCCCCACACUGAUCUGCUGCCACAUUGUAGGUUUUAGUUUGCUGAUUUUAUUGUUUGGUUUGUCUCUCUAACAUGUUGCAUGAUUUCAUACCAUAUGAGGGAUGGAUCUACACAUGGAAAUUUUGCGUCCCCUCUCCUUUGAACAUGGUCACAUGCCAUAGCUCACACCCACACUCUGAAUUAUUACCUCUCCUCCUACUCACUUCCUGUUACUAGCUGUGCUUUUUAGAAGAGGUCCCUGGGUUGUGACCUUGAUCUUGGCUCUUACAAUCUGAUAUAAGAAUAUGCUGCAAAGAAGAAUUGGAAUUCUGUAUUAUACUGGUCACAGUUUACCUACACUCUGGGUAGACAUGAGUAGAAUGGAUUGUGGAGGGAACAGAAGGGCCUGCCCCAAGACAUUCUAUUUCUGCUAUCUAAUUGGAAUGUAAGGUGGGAAAAUACGGAACUUGAAUAAAGCAUAGAGAAGGGUGAUUUAAAACCGGGUUUAAGGACCUGGUCUUACUACAUCCCCACAAUUAUUAUACACACACACACACGCGCCUGGGGAAUUUGUAAAGAAUGAAAUAUUAGAAUAUAAAAUAUGUAUGUCUUUGUGUAAUUGGCCUUCAAGUGUAAAUCUCACUUUUAUUGCUCUUUAGGUGGACUUUGUGAUUAAGGAGGCAACAAACCUUGAUAACCUGGCUCAGCUGUAUGAGGGUUGGACAGCUUGGGUGUGAGCAAGAAGACGGCAAACCAGCCUGGUUCAGCAAAGUCAGAAAUCCACCAGAAUCAACAAAGUCUCAGGCAUCCAUAGCCGCGCCAUGGUCGGUGUCGAUGCAUACUGGGGCUUAAUAUGAAGUAACCUAGGAAAUCCUGGUGCGGUGGGAAGGGAAUCCCACAGGAAUGCUGCACCCAGAGAAAUGUUAAACACCAAUGGUCAGCAAGCCCCAGGGCACAGAGUCAAAAGCUCACUGUCUGGCUAACACGAUUGCCUUUCUGCUACGAAAGAACUGACAAUUCAUCUGAAAGAUAACUGCAGAAAGAAAUUGGUAUCUACAGACCGCAGGGUGCUCUAGAACUCUUCCACGUGACCCUUUCAACCAUUGAGGAAACGCUACACCCUGUUCGUAAAGGGGGGGAAACUAGGGGCCAUCAUGGAUUUGCAGCAAAGAAGAUGCUGUCAGUUUCUUGGGUUACUCUUGUUGCUUGGCAACAGUGCUGGUUCAGUUGACCAGCAAAGCGCAGAAGAGGCAAGGAGAUGAAGCAUGGCCUUUGAAAUUCGCUGAAAAUAAGCAGCCAAAGAACCGAAAUGUGAAGUUGGAUGGACUUCUGAGAAGAAGAAAAAGCCUUGUUCUUCAUUCUUUUCUUCCCCUUAAACCUUAAAUUCCUGUAGUUUAGAAAUACUAGUUUAAUUUAAAUUUUUGUAUUUCACACUGUAGUAAGUCUAUCAGCUUUGUUUGUUUGGUAGUUUGAUAUCUAUCACAACACAUUUAAAACCUUGGAGCAUUCAACAAUGAAUCUGGAAAAAAAAAACAUUCUUAAUUCACAAAGCGAAGGUCUGUUUGGUUGCUGUAUUCUAUAAUAACCCUUUCAUAUACAGUUUCCGAAAGGUUUGUACCCAUGCGUUUAACUUAUGAGAACCUUUUAGUUCCACAUGCCACAUCUCUUUGAAGUCAUUUCUGUAGAUUAAAUUCUGGUCAAAAGUAAUUUGCCCGUUUGUAACCAUAUAAUUUGUUUAGUUUAUUUUUUUAUAUUAAACAAAGAAGAAACUUGUUGUUUGACCAGCAUAGACUAAGUAGUGGAGUUUUACGUUGCUUACAGUUAAUAAAAAGUUAUGUUCUGGUGGAGGUAGAGUGCAAUGUUGUUUAAUUCACGUUUAGAUUGUAAGGUAACUUUUUGUUUUACAUAUGCAGUUUUAAUACCCCCAAACAUUACAUUUUUAGCACUCGUUUUCUGGUAAACAAAUCCAAGCAUUUUUUUUUUUUUUUUUAGGUGUAUUUUUUUACAUCUGGUUCCAUUGACAUUUCCGAAAUCCAUAUACUCUUUGGCAUAUUUUUAAGGUGUUUCUUAACUAAACAGUGAAUUGUGAUGUAUUUAAAACAAACGAAAACUGAACUAUAAACCGAAAAGUAAUUCAACUCUACCCUAUUUUUAGAGAAAAUGUAUCUAUAAUGUUGCGAUUUGGAUUUUGUUUCACUGGAGUUCUCUGUUUAGAGAAUGAACAUGGUUGUAUGUGUGUUUCUCUUUCUCCCCCAGAAUUAUAUAUAAUUUUCUAGGUACACACAUGUACAUGCGUCAUGUAAACAUUAUUAAAUCUCUGAAGCAGAUUUAUUGUGUCUACUCCUCUUGGUAAGUGUCGCGGUAUACUGCUUUGCAUGGAUAGAAGAUUGUGUUGCAGAUCUUUUUAUCCAAAAUGUUGACACUGAGCGCUGUCUAUCAAAUUCCAUUGGUUAUUGUUGAGUAAAGUAAAGAAGAAAAAUAAAAUGCAGGAAUUACUAAUAUUUAGAAGAGUUAACUUCUGUAAUGUGCUCUGUUGGUAUUCCUGUAUACAAAUGCAGGCAAAUAUACUAGUUGUUCACAUACCAUGAAGACAAGUAAUGGCUUAUAAAGAUAGUUGGUUUUUUUUGUCCUUAUUUCUUAAUUUAGCAUUCAGUAUUCAGCAUUCAGUAUAUAGAUUGAGCAUGAACUAUUAUAUAAACUGUCUUCCAGCUUGGUAUUGGGUUAAAAAACAAAACAAAUGGCUCAUGUUGAUUACAUUUUGAUUCUACCAGCAGUUGGAGUUCAAAAUUAACGAAAACCAAGUUAAUUUGUCAUAACCAAGGUUCUUUUAGAAGGGAAAGUGUUGAUCUGUUUAUGGCUUAAUCCUCUGGGUUAUAUAGAGGCCUGCAGAAAAUACAUUUUAGGCUGCUAUAGCAAAACAAUUUAAUUUCAUAAAAUAUUUUCCAUUCAAAGUAUUAAGAGUAAUAUUCUGAUGUGUACUAUUUGCAAAAGAGUAUAUUUUCAGUUUGUAUAAGAUUGACAGUCUUCUUUAUUAUGAUUGGCUGGCUGAGAGUAUUUAAAUGCCAAAACAAUGCAUGCCUGUUUUGUGUAUUAAUGAGCAGCUUACUGCUAAGCCGUCUUGGUGAUGGUAAGACUUUGUAUAUCAGAACUUAAUGUUGAAGGAAUUACUUGCUCCAAAUUUUUAUUUUCUCCCUUAUAUUCAAAUUAACAUUCUAAUGCGGGAUGUAGAAAUAGUAAAAGAACUGCGUUUUACAACCAUUACUUACAAAAGUGUUUAACGUACACGUCACAAACACAUGUAAGAUUAAAUUUCUGCUUUCAAAUACAAAAUUCUAUAAAGAAUCAAAUUCUUAAUUGUUUAAAUAAAAUUACAUACUUUAUACUGACUUGUAUUUUUUGCUUUUCUGCAUAAUACUGGAUUUUGUGACUUUUGUCUGUAAGGAUCGCACCAUCUGAUAUGUUCUUCAGUUAAGCUUAAAUUGUUAACAAGGC